CGCUGGUCUCCAUAGUAACACGAUGUAAACAAACAUUCCCUCCAUGUUGGCAGACAGGCAGGUAACCAGCUCUGUCCUUUGAAGCUAGGCCAGUUUUAGUCACACACAUUGUGUAUAACAGGGAGAUGUCUGGACAGUGUGUUAGUAAAUCUGUCACUAAUGCUGCCAGUCUGGGAUACACUUUACUGUUUGUGGGAGCCUCUUAUUCUCUUUGAAUAGUAAGGGUGGGCAUUGAAAGGGUUAAGGAGAGGGCUAGAGGAGGGGUAAGGCAGGUUUAGGGUGUCAGGGGACACAGGGAGUCUGUUCACUUAAUUCCAGAUUGCAGUGAAUUCUAUCAUGAAUGGCAAAAUUGAUGUAAAAAUAACCAAGCUAUAUCCAUUGUACCGCGCUAAGGAAUUUUGUUGGCGCUAUAUAAAUAAUAAUAAUAAUAAUAUUGACAGCUUGGUUACUUGGUUAAGUUGAAGAAUUUUCCAAAUCAGCCACGUAUGCCCGAAUUUUGUUGUUUAGAAUUCAGUUUGCUACCAUUCAGAGUUUAGUUAAUAAACCUGACAUUGAUUUUCACAAACAGGGAUAUUCAGUCAAGCGAGAAUUCAAUAUUAAUUUAAAGUACCUUUAAAUAUAUUAGGCCAAUGUAGCUAAACUGGAAGCAUAUACAACUAGUUUGGCCUUACAAUUGAAAUUCUCUUGGAAUUCACAUUGAAUCGUAGAAUUGUAGACAUAGCUGACUUGGACUUAUUUUAAAACUUUGAAAUUUUUGUUGUUAUGAAACAAUCAUGCAAACCACAAAAUUUUUAAAACGGAAAAAAAAAAUGAUAUUAACACAUGAUAUUAGGAACAAGAUCUAAUUAUCAGUAGACUCUGGCACUCCCUUUGAAUUUAAUAUGCAGAAAACACUAUCAAAGUGCAUGAGGAAAUAAAGAAGUGCCCAUUGUUUUCUAUUUAUAAGCUCUGCAGAGACCUGUAAUUAGCUGUGAUUUUUAGAUAAGCUUGGUUCUAGCUUUCUUUUAAUAGUGCAUGCUAUGCAUAUCCUAUUCCAUGAAGUUCAUCUAAAAUACAGAAAUUUGCUCUGUGCUCAAGGUAACACCACGUGGGCAUCAACAAUGUCACUGGUAAUCAUCAGCCUCAAUGUUGAACUAAACAAAACAAAAAAGUUAUCAGCACACUAUCUCAAAGAGUGUUUUCAACUUGACAUUGGCAGAUGAGCAUACUUUUUAAUGAUCAUUGCAAUUGUACCAAAAACCCCUUAUUUAUUUAAAUAGAAGUUAGUGUUUGGAAGUGCGCUGGUAACAUUUUUGGUUUUACCAAAGAUAGUUUAGUUUAUGGGGAAAAAAUGAAAACACAAGUAGUGUAAUAACUACUUCCAUGUGGCUUCAACUAACAUGCUGAGUAGCUUUUUCAUAGUAUCACUGGACUAAUACGACUACAAUCUCUACUUCAGAGUAUCACUUGAUACAGGACAUGCUUUAUCAUAGUAGGGUGUGUAUAUAAGUCAUAAAGUGGAAGAAAUAAUAAUCAUCUUCUAUCAUAUGUCCAAAAUUGUGUGAUAGCUUGUGUUUUUUUGACACCAUUUCUAUCUUUAAUAUUUGAUUGCUGCUUGAAAUGGUUGUUUAUGUUUGUUAGAAUUUAAACUUGUAAUCACUUAUUUAUGGGCAUGCAUUGAUUAUGUAUACGCGCACCUUUCAAAAACACAAAUUUUUUUCAUGUGUAUAGUAAUUACUCUUUUUACAGUCAUAUUAUGAUUAUAUAUAUAAUUAAAUUAGUUCUAGGCAGAUCCAGCUGCUCGUAGCCCCGAAGAUGACUUCAUUAUCAACAAUGGACAUACUGCAUGUAUGCACAGUGCUCGAGGACAGUCUCGACCAACUUUCCAUCCUUGGAUAUAUAAUGAUUCCAGUCUCUUAUCAUGGCCGCAGAAACGUAAGUAACAUUACAAAAUAGGCUUUCCCAUUUAUCAGUUUAUAUAGGCAGUUUCUUAAAGUAGCAAAGUCAUUAAAAAAAAUUAAUUAUUUUUGCGGGUUUUUUAUAUACAUAGAAGAAGUGUUUAACAAUGUUGGGAGCAGACUUUAUAAUACAGUACUGCUACCUCAGCUUGAAAUUCUGCAAAAAUAAGCAACAUAUUGCAGGGAAACCACAGGGGAGGCAAGGAUGACCACAGAGAGCUGUGGCUAACCUGGCCUGCUGAGAGAAUAGAAGAUAGUAAAAGUUGGGUCGUAUAACUGACAAUUGGCAUGAAGGUACAUUAAAGUGAACCUGUAUUGUAAAAUUGAACAUUCACAAAAUCAGCCCCAAAUAGAUUGAAUACAUCAUAUAUCACAGAGAUACAGUAUGUAUUUACUCACUAUACUUCAUUUCAGCACCACCAUUUCAUCAGCUUUGUGGAUAUGACUUUUCAUGUAAUAUUCACCAUCAGUCUGUUGUCAGCUCCUCCUGCAGUCUUUUUUGUUUUGUCCUUCUUGGGAACACUUACCGAAGCAGGGCAAACCUCCUCAGUGAUGUCAGCACGCUAGUCUCGUUGCCAGCAUGCCGACAACUGAAUGGAGUCACAUCAGUCAGUUACUAUAAUCCCUAGCAGCACUAACAGUGCUGGCUAGGGAGUUUUUCUUACAGCUACAACACAUGGGCUGUGGUUGCUUUGCUUGAAAUAGCAGGAAGACCUCUUAUGAGAGGUCUUUUCUGCUCUCCCUUGUAAGUCACAUUGUCUGCAUAGAUACUCAGAUUUGACUAAGAGGUAAGAGGAAAAAAAACAAUUUUUAAAUAGGGGUUUCUCCUAAAUUAUACAUUUGUAUAGACAUAUACAUAUAUACAAUGUAUAGACAGAAUCAAAAAAAGCAUAAGUAAAAGAAGAAUGCAGGAAUCUUUUAAGGUAGGUAGUCAGAGAGGGGGAGUGGGAAUGAAAGUCAAGAAAUGUAUUAAAGGAACAAUCCAAGUACCACUAACCGUAGUGGUUAUGAUAGUGUCCUGGCAUCCCCUAAUGUAAGUAGUUAUUGGCAGACACCUUUGUGUUUAAAUUUGUUUCUCAUUUGAAUUUUUCUUACUAGCAUAUUUCUGUUAAAAUCUAUGGUAGAUUAUAUGUGUCCUAGUUAAGUUUUUCUAAUACUUAGGGUUAGUGUGAGAGCCAGAACAACAUUCGUUUGUUUUUUGUUUUUUUUUUACAAUUGGCUACUUAAUCUGUGUGAUUGACUGUUAAAUAUUUAAAUAGACACUGUAGGUACUGUAACUGCUUCAUUUCAUAGUGUCAAAGUGGAAUCCCUUCACUCUGUCCUUCGAUUCAGUGUUAAACUAUUUUGAAUGGGUCCCCAGCAGCCUAUCCUCUUUUAGAGGAAGGAUCAACUUAGGCUGCAAUAGGUGACAAUGAUCAUUUGAGAAUGUCAGCUGACCGCUUUUAGCGAGAUAAAAUGGUUAUAGUGCCCAUUUAAUAUUUAGAACAGCUUCAUGGUUAUCUCAUUUACCACAUACACAUAUGUGUGUAUGCUUUGUGAAUUAUUAUUAAACCUGAGAGCUUUAUGGAUCCUCAGCAUUACUAAGCCCAUUCGAGACACAAAUACUUAUCGACGUAUAGGUAGACAUGGAAAGCAGAAAGCACCACUCCAUAAAAACAAAUCAUCCUUCAGGUGUGAGGAGGUGGGUGGUUGUAAUCCUAACUAUAGAGUGGCCCUGUAAUGGCAUUAGUUUCAAGUUUUAGUUAUCUAAAAAAUAAAUAUCUGCUUGUGGUUGACCAAAGUACAUAAAGAAAAUAAGACCAAAAAUAAACAGGAGGACCUGUACAGAAAAGAAACAAAGAAAUCUUGGCUCAAGUCUUUAUUUGUGCUGUAUGUAAAGUGCCACCCUUUCAAUGUUACCCCAUGAGUUUUCUUGUAUUUUAGAGGUACGUAUUUUUACACUUUUCAUAAUUUCAUCAACUUUUUUUGCUUGUAUUAUGUAAUUAUGUCUUAUGUGUCUUAUGAGUAUUGUUGAGAAGAUUGCUGUAGACAGUUAAACUUAAUUUCACUCAUUAUGUCUUUUUUUCUGUUAAUCAGGAACUGUCACUGCUUUAGUUUUAGCACAAGCUAAUAGUUAACUAAAAGUUAGCUAUUAGUUGUACUAAAAAAAAAAAAAAAAAUGCAAUUCCUUAAAGAUUCUAUAUUCUUUUACAUGCCAGGCAAGUAUAUGUAAAUUAUGUAUCUCUUGCAGUGCCAUAUGCACAGUACAUGCAUGCAUAUGUCAUUGCUGAAGGAAAUGGCAUUUGUGCAUGCAUAUGCUUAGCAUUUCUUUAUUAAAAGCCUGAAAGUUUGAAGACAGGAAAGUCACUGCAAUGCAGGACUGCAGUGAAGGUAAGUACACAAAAAGCAAGUAACCAAUAAUUUGCAAAUGUGCAUCCUACCAAAUGCAUUCAGCCCCAAUUUUGUGUAAAAAGAAUGUGUUACAAAUGUCCGGGUAAGCUGUAUUCCUAGCACCAUCGCUACCCCUGCCUCCCCCUCCCUCACGCCCCCCCACUCACCUCUCCCGGUAAAUAAAGGGUUAAAACCCAUUUAUUUACUUACCUUAACACAGUGCUUAUAUCCCUCGGCACUGGGUCAAAGCUUCACUCCUUCUGACGUCCCGCUGGCUCUAAUGCACAUGCGCGGCAAAUGCCGCUCACAUUAAACCUCCCCAUAGGAAAGCACUAAAUCAAUGCUUUCCUAUGGGGAAAAAUCUGACGCUGGAGGUCCUCAUGCAGAGCAUGAGCAUGUCCAGCAUCAGAUACUGGAUCAAAGAUCCGCUUCAAUUCAGAAAGCCCUCUAGUGGCUGUCUGAUAGACAGCCACUGAGGGCAGAUUUAGAACUGCAAUGUAAACAUUGCAGUUUCUCUGAAACUGCAAUGUUUAACAUUGCAGCACUAAGUGCAAAAGGCACAAAGCACCCAGACCACUUCAAUGAGCUAGCUUGCCUCUAGUCAUACUGACAGCCACUAGAGCAGAAGUAAGUAAACUGCGAGACUCCAGAUGUUGUGGGCUACAUCUCCUGCAAUGCUUUUACAGCCGUAAUGCUGGCAAAGCAUCAAAUAAGAUGUAGUCCAAAACAUCUGGAUUGCUGUAGUUUACCGACCAAUGCACUAUACAUGCUGUUUUGUAAAAUUGUAUAAUAAAACUGACAGAGACCAUCUGAUUGUUUUAAUGCGCAUGCAUACUAGCCUCCCAACGCUUUCCUAUGGGAAAGCUUUGAAUUGUCUAAGAUCAUUGAUUUUAAAGAGGCAUAGCUUCACUGAGGAGACCAGCACUGCGAGGGAGACAGGGUAAGUAAUUUACCGUUUAUAAGCCUAGCAGUGGAGGCCUGGUCACCUAAAUGGUAAUUAGAGCACUAUAGCAUUAGGAAUACAUAUUUAUAUUCCUAACGCUUCCUUAACUGUUUUUACUAGAGUUUUACAAAUUUCCCUCUCUCAUAUUACUCCAGAUUGUUAUAAAUGAAAUUGGUAACAUUAUGAAGGAACAAAGACAGCUUGGGAAAAACUUUGAGGAGCUAAUAGGUUCACGCAUUGCUGUUCGGUUAACAUCACCUUCCUCACCAAGCAUGCUGGCGGACUUGACAAACGAGGUUCAGGAAACCAGUGAGAAGCUGAAAAUAAGCAAUGAACAGUUUACACGGGCUGUGAAACAAGGCCCCUUGACUUCAGAUAAUCUCAAGAAAAUCCAGGCUGAGAAUCUGAAGAAGGUACAGGCUGACAGGUAAGACAUAACAACAAGGCAAACAGUUUCAAACAUCUACUGUAUGGAAGCAUGCUUUUUUACCUUUCAAGGGACGGGACAAUAUACCCCCUGCUGCCAGAAAUGACAAAAACUUUUGUUUUCAAAACAAAAUCAUAUAUGCAGCUUUUACUUAAAGGGUUACAAUAUGCAUACAUCUACACAAGGUAUGGUAGGGGUGUAAAGGCUUUAGUGACACAGGGUAUAUUUAUAGUUCCAGACUGGUUGAGGUUGAGGGUAGUUACACAUCCAGGCUGCAGAUCUCAUUUUACUGUCUUUCUCAUACCCUCUUGAACAGGAGAAUCUGGGGAAAGUUACACAAUGUCUUUCUUUAUUCUCUCUUUAAGUCUGAAUGUUUCUUAAAAAGGUUCCAGUUACACAACAGAUUUUGUACAAUCGAGUUUUCUAUAGGAUUUUCUUUCUGUUUAUUGUUAUAUUUGCUGCAACUAUGUGGCCACAAAUAAUUGAUCAUUUUCAUUGGAUGAGCUCUCAUCCCUUCUUACAUCUCAUACCAUCCCAGGGAUUUGUAUUGACCUAGAUGCAUCACCACUAUAUGCAUCAAUCGUGAGGCUCUAUGGUACAGUUCUAUGUUGGGGAAAUCAAUCCCUCCAUAUUUCUUAUUUAUAAUAAUAUUAUUAUAGAAUAUUUCUUUCUCGUCCAUUUGAAACUAUAGUUACUAUAUAACUGUUUUAUUUCAUACUGAUUCAUAUAGAAGGGCAUAGCUAUUGUUUUCUUGAUGUUUUACUUAUAAUUUGAUAUAUUACUAUAUUUCUGUAUAACUUACAUUACUGUAUUAAACAAGAGGUAGGGAUUAGACAACAAUAGCAAUGUAUCAUCUGCAUAUUGGCAGAUUUUAAUUUCUUUUUUACUUAGCUUAAAUCCUUGUAUAUCGAGAUUUGUUCUUAUAUCGAUAGCUAAUGGUUUUGCUGCCAAAACAUAAAGAAGGGGGGAUAGAGGACACUCUUGUCGAGUUCCUUUGGCUACUUCAAACCAAUCAGAAUCUAUUCCCCGCCGACCACUCUGCCUGAGGGAAAUUAAUACAUCGCUGAGAUGGCUGAAUAUAUUUUCCCUGAGAAAGCAAAAGCGUUUAAUACAACUUUCAGAAAAUUCCAAUUUAUCCUGUCAAAGGCUUUUUCUCUGUCAAGUGGUAGUGUUAUAAAGGGACUUUUGUUCUUAUGUAUUCUUUCAUAUAUAUUUAUAACUUUCCUAAUAUGAUUAGGGGAGGAUCUGCCUGGAAUAAAACCUACCUGGUCACUAUCUAUCAGAGUGAUUAUCACCAAAAAGUGACACAAUGUCUUAUUCACCUUGCAUAGUACUAGUAAGCCAGAAGGACUGAAUUAAUGAUAGGAGACACAACCAAGCAAGAGCUGUGGCUGCAACCUGGAGGAAAGCCCCAACAAGUUUGUGUAUUGUAUGUGCAUUAUGUUCUAAAGAAGCUGUACUAGCAGGGAACAGACAAUAUUGGAAAUGCUGUGGAACAUGGUCAGCAGGUAGAGUUUUUGUUUGAACCAUCCAUUAAAAUGGGAAACAAAAGUGUUUCAAGUGAUUUUAACUAUGGAUUGUUACUGAUAGAUGUGGUCUUUUAAAACGGCUGACCUCCUAGGAUUUUGCAUAAAACAAUCUCUACGGAUUACAGAAGGUGGUUCAACCCCCUUUCCUAUCCCUCCCCCCCAAAUAUCCCUCCCCACCAAACAUCCAGUGAUUGGUAGUUCUGAGUUCUGACCAGAGCAGUUUCAAAUGACAGGAAGGCAACAAUAAAUGUAAUGACCGCCCACUGUUGCUCAAGGGUGUAACAUUUACUACUCUCCCUUUAAUGUGUUAGCCUUGUCCAUAUAUUGUUUUUUAAAUCGUAGUAACCUAUUUCAUAAUCUGUGAAAUGACAGUAAGACCUAGAUAUGGCAUACAAAGCUCUUUUAAGGCUUGUUUUAAUAUAUUCAGACAAUGCCUAAACAGUUUUUAUGCUCUAUUACUUGUAAAAUUCUCUUGGGUGCUAAAAUUGCUUUAGUCUUUAUUAAUCAGUGGUUCAAUACAUUGCUCACACAUUUGGUAAAUGUCAUUAUUUCUCUUAUAUAUUAGGCAGUUUGCAGCUGAUAUCAUUAUGGAAAUGUUAAAGGAGCUGGAAGACUCCAGGACAUUUAUUAGCCUCCAGGAAGCCGUGGAAAAGGAGAAGGAGAGGAAAGACCAUUUCCGCAGGACAAUAGAGAGGUGAGAAAAGGGAAAGCAUGGAGUCUGCUCACACAGUAAUUACACCACUUUACAGCUUUGCAUCAAUUGUCAGCGCACAACAGUGUUAUACGUUACUAUACAUUACCUCAUAAUUAGUGCAUCUAUUUAAAAAAAGAACCAGAAAGGAUCAGAGAAAGAUAAGGAGAAGGAGGAGAAGGAACUGGGGAUAUUUUGUCUGAUGGGAAAACGUUGUCAUUAGCAAUGAGGACUGAAAUCUCAUGGUAUGUGCAGCUCAUGUGGGAAACAGAGAAAACAGGCAGGAUUAUUCACAAAGUGAGAUUUGUUGAGAAUUCAAAUAAUGCCAAAAUAGCCGAAUUGAAAAACAUAUUUAAGUCAGCUAUGCUUCUAGUGUGGGUUCUUUGGCCUUGAAUUUGAAAUUCACUUGGAAUUCGUAACUAUUCUCACUUUAGUGAUUAACCCCAAAGGUCUCUAAACAGGGAGCUGUUCUGGAUGGAUAUAAGUGAAAGCACUGUAGAACUGUGCAUAGGACAAUAUGGUAGAGAAUGUGGUGGUCUGAAGAAAGUAGAGAUUGAUGGCAGGUGGGUUUUUAGAGUCUAAUGAUGUUAUAUUAUUAGCAUGGACUAUGCAAUUUCUCAUUGUAGCCAGUUUAUUACGGUUCUAUAUUUUUUGCAGAGAAGAGGAGGGAAGGUACAAGAUUCAUUUACUGCAGAAGCAAUUGGAAGAGAUCAGAAAAGAGAAAGAAGUGGAGUUGCAGGUAAAUUGUGUGAGAUGAAUAUGGAUUAAAACAGGUCAUUGUAGGUCAUCUUGCUAAAACACUUGUUUGAUUUUUGGAGUCUCCAUCUUGUAAUGUAUUUUUUUCCACCUGAUGCAACCUCUGCAUGAGAAUGGAUUUGUGUGAUCUCCAACAAGUGCAUGCUAGAAUUAUUUCACAAUAAUUAGGAUUUCUCUCUUAGAUGUCAUCUGUAGGAACCAGACAAAUGUUAAAGCAUAAUCUCCUGGACACUGCUUUUUACUAAAAAAAACUAGAUAGAAACUGUUAUUGCCCAGCCGCCUUACUUUUCUUUGGGCAGGGAGGGUGGGUCAGGAAUCCUUAUUAAUCCCUGGUGGUUCGUGGUGGAAUUUCCAUUGUUGCAGACACCUUCUGGCUCUCACUAUGUUCUGGCCCUUUGCAAGUGAGUUGAAGCAUUGCCAUGGUAUCCAUGGCAACACUGACUUCAGAUAGUGAGGGACAUCACAGGCUUGCUUGGGCUCUGAGUGCUGAAGCACUCUGGGCUGGUUGGAUGUCUCCCCAUCUGGCACUUUUGGGUCAGCAGCCUCAUGUGCCAUAGUUUUCUGACCACGGCAGUAGAGUUUAAUGAGAGAGCAGUAGCAUUGCACUGAAAAUCGAUGGAAGUGGGUGCACACAGCACUGUUACUAAUUGUAGUGUAACAGAGCGGGACAGCGAUAGAGGACCUUUAAGGAGGCGGAGAUAAGACAUUUAAUCUUAUACUCUUCUGGCUGCUCACUGUACGCUGCUUGCAGCUCCUAUUUCAAACUGGACAGAGAAACAUUAAAGUCCUCUACUUCUACUGCAGUCCUGCUCAGCCAUGCUUGCGAAAGAGAUAGGAUGCUAGAAGAAGAGGUUUCAGUGGGGUUAAUGGACACACAGUGGGUAAGGGGGAUUAACAUGGGCUUAGAGACAUACAAGGGGUAAGAGAUGAGCCUAAAAUAUAAGAAAUAAGUGUGGUUAAAGGAGCACAACAAACACCAUAACUACUGCAGCACUGUAGUGAUUAUGGUGCUAUGACCUGGUGCCCUGCCCCCCUUCCAUUGUAAGUAGUCAGUUUUUGAGAAGUUUUUUUUUUUUUUUUAACAAUUAGACUGCUUACCUGGGAUGGCUGUAUGCUGCUACCUGCCUCCACUACUAACACACAAGAACCAGAAGUUCCUAAGCAGGGACUUGAGUUAGCUCUCUUCAGUACAGGGUUUGCUCAUUGGCUGAGAGCAUCAUUGCUGUUCACAAUAAAUUCAUGAUUAGUAACCCUUCAAUAGCAUUCUCAAGCCACAGAAACAAUGCAGGCACUGUAACUCUAUAUUUCUUGUAGUCUCUUGGCACUGUCUCUUCAUUCGGUGUUAAACCACCAAAAAAUGUGCAGUUUAACCCCUUAAGGACCAAACUUCUGGAAUAAAAGGGAAUCAUGACAUGUCACACAUGUCAUGUGUUCUUAAGGGGUUAAAGGGACACUCCACUGCCCAAAUACAAAAAUUCACUGGUGGGUUUAAUUUAAUAAUGUAUUUUUCAUUGUGAAUAUAUCUAAAAACAACUUGCAAAAGCUGCAGAUCUUUUUGCCUCCCUUAAACCAGCAAAGACUUGCCAAUGCAGCUCAAUAAAAAGUCUGAGCAAUGGCCUCUGUGAGGUUAUUUAUGGAGAUGAAUUAUUAUUAUUAAUUUUCAUUAAUUAAAAAUAAUAUUUUUAUAAAAAUUUAUAAUCUUUAUUAAAAUAUCAGGGGUUGAUAUUCUGUUGGUGCGAACUCCCAUCUAUAGCGAAGAGUUCCCACUAUUUAACUCUUAGAUCUAGAGCACGUUGUUCGAAUGUAAUAUUUCAUAUAUUUUAAAAAUUAUAAUUUAUUUUUGUCAAUAAGUGUAUUUAAACAUGGUAGUAAGUGAAUAGUUUUUCAUUAAUAUUGAAUUAGAUAUGGCAUAGCGCAGUAUCACAAUCUCAGUAACAAUUUCAAACUCUUUAGAGUGAUAGGAUUGUUAGUUCAUGAUAAUUCAAUCAACCGUGUUAGUAUAUGGAAUAUUUUCUUCAUAUACUAUUGAUUAAGACAAUUAGCAAAUAGAAUGUUAAUAUUUGUUAAAUUAUGAAGAACCAUAUGAGCUUAUCAGCAUAUGGAUUAUUAUAAUUUAAAGACAGAAUUUUUCAGGAUCUUAAAAUACAAUCUUCGCUUUUUGCUCUUAGUACGAUUUACAAACACAUAUGGAUUGUUUGCUUAUUGUAAACACCCUUCAUAAGACUUAGCUGGACAUAGUUCGUUAUUUACUCAGGUGAUCUGUACACAAAGUUCUAUGACAAUGUUUUACCAGCUAGCACCAAAUUAUAACCAGCUCAGUGCUGUUUUCAGAGUAAUUAAUUAUGAUUAAUUAAUUCAUCCAGUAACUAAAUUCUUGCAGGUUUAGUUAAAGCAGUUCUUAUCUGAUAAAUAUUUCCUAGAUUGUUAUAGGAUUAAUAUUCCUGGGUAACUCUUGAUAUUCUAUUUGUAUUUCAUGGUUUUGAUUAAUAUUCCAGUCUGCAGUUUGAGAUAUCAAUCUUUAUCAUGAUCUAUCAUGAAAUCCAAUCUGGCAAACUAUUGAAAACAUCCUCAAUGACAUCUUUCACAUGAUCCUGGGAGCGGAUGCCCCACACACAUUCAGCUAUGAGCGGGCACACAGAGCACUACGCCCCAGGUCGUCGGACGACAACCCGAGGGAUAUAAUAUGCUGCCUCAGCUCCUUCCGUGACAAAGUCGCCAUCAUGAAAGCGGCCAGAUCCAGGCCUACUUGGAAUUUUAGGGACACAAUGGUAUCCCUAUUUAAUGAUCUCUCCCCCAUCACAUUAGAGGCCAGAAGGGCACUGAAGCCCAUAACAGCAGCCCUUCAAGAGAGGAAUAUCCCAUACAGAUGGGGCUAUCCCUUUGCCUUGUUGGCCCGCCACCAGAAUGGAUGGUCCUCCAUACGUUGGCCCGAGGAGAUUCCGAGAUUUCUGGAAGAAAUGGAUCUACCGCAUAUCUCGGUCCCUGAUUGGAUCCUGGGCCCCCUAGGGGGGAGACCACAGCCGCAAAGAGCACCCAGGAGGCGAGGAGGAGGACCGCCACAGGGACCAGCGCAAUGAAGGCGCAACAACCAGGAGGCACCAGAAUAAGGGGUCAUGUCGCCGCCCCCGCCGGGCACGUCUCCCUGAUCCUCGCCCCCACCUGGGAGACCUGCACUUGCCAUAGAUUUCACGGAACAUGCUACCCUGCUGGACGAUCCGGGGACCUACACAGCUUGAUAACGAAGAUGUAACGUACAUGUAUAUUUUUCUCCUUUUUUUUUUUUUUUUUUUCCUGCCGAGACUGAGCUCGAACACAGCUUGCUAUACCAUCACACGGGAAUAAGGUUUGGGGUGGGGAAACUGGGGGGCACUCGUUAUACGAAACAAGUGGAGCUGCCGUACCAAACGGAUAAGGGCGGCAUAACACAAGCUCUAGAUGACAUGACGAGCUAAGUACUUUGGGGGAUGAACAUACACCACUACACGAAGCUCCAUCACUCGAGGAACGGAAUCCCCAGCAUUACGCUGUCAACUCAGGAGAAGCUCACCACGGUUUUACGGUACAGGACACUACCCCUGCACAUAAGCUAAUGGUUAUGCUCGACCCCACUGAUCUGCAUGUUUUGCACCUAGAAUUAAUGGUUAUAGUAUCUGCACAACACACAGGGAAUAAGACGCAUCAAUAGCCUUAUACAUGACACCUCCCUGGAUCUUGCAGGCCUUUCAUUAGUUAAGCCAUGCUCCACCACGUGAUAUUUUUCCUCCGUCAAGUACCAGCAGAUAAGAGGGUGGGGCACAUUAUACUCUGGAUAGUCAUUCGAUGGGCUGCCACACCCAGGGGUAGGGGGCACUCGCCACAACACAUCUGCAGAAACAGAUAGGAGGAUUUAGCAUAGAUAGAUGUGGAGGGGGAUAGUACUGGGACAUAGAAGACACCCGGGCCAUAUUUCGCAGACACAUUAUUGAAUAUAUUCCCCAAUUGCCACACAAAGGGUAAGCAGAGAGGGGGGAGGGAAGACAGAUGGGGGGAAGGUAGGAAAAGGAAGGGGGAAGGGGAAUGAGACAUAAUAAUAACCUCAUAUUAUGUAUGCAUGCCUAAUGUUCGUGAUGCUGUCACUUAUACGUUACUUGUUUUUCAUUGACUAACGUCCAGGAUGCAGGAGGCGCAUCCAGGUCCGGGGAAUCGGGGAGGGCGGGAGACGGGACGGUGGAGGGGGCAAGCCGAUUGGACUCUGGGUAUUGUCCUCAUAUGUUACAAUGUUGAAAUGUAUGUAUGCUACUGUUUAUAUGUUUGGCUUUCCAUGUACCGAUACCGGCACCAGGCUGGAGGGCCGGCGGGGGGGAGCUGGUUAGUAUUGAUCGGUUACAACACUCUCACUUUCGGCCCAAGAAGGAUUGGGGCGGGGCUGCUAACCCCUAACAAAAACCGUGCACAGUUUUAGACGUCGGGGCUUCCCGUAGGCCCACACAUCGGUCUGGUUACCGGGGUGGGCCCGGGCACCUCCCGCCGUCGCACGGCUACACCCUCCUUUCCACAAAGGAGGACCGAGGUGGACACUUUCCUUUCCCCUUCUCGGGGCCACCUCUACUUGGGGGUCUUUAUAACUCCCCACUUUUUUAACCCACACACUUUCCUCACUCUACAACCUACUUUGACGGACCUGUGACAACCCCCCCGACUCAGGGGUGUGCUCCGCGUGUGAGUACACUUAUCGCCCCUACUACCCUAGUCGCUUUGAGCCUACCACAUAAGGACGACGCAUAUCGACCCGCAACCCGACGUACCUGACGUCUCGACAUAGCACCGGUCGCGGGGUGGGAGCCCUGCGCACUCGGUGAUCCCACGCCAAUUGACCCACCGCACCUGCGGCUACACUGUGGACUGACUACCGGGUGACUUUGAGGGAACGUGGACAGGCCUCCAGCUAGCUGUAAUAUAAGACCUGGUGCUGGGAUCUCCGCGUGCCCCCUCCUGGCUGGCGGACUGACGAUGGCGUACCUCGGUGCUCCGCCAACUGCUAUGGCUCUCAACUGCCGAGGCCUGAACGUGCCGGAACGACGCACCCAUCUGCUUCGUGAACUACGGAAAAAACGGAUCUCCAUAGCGAUGCUCCAGGAAACUCACUUCCUCGAGGGGUCCGAUACCCCAACACCUUCUUCAGCAAUCAUCCCACAACCCGUAAAGCAGGAGUCGCUAUCACCCUUGCAGCAGAACUGGACUUCAAAGAACUAGAUAAGGUAACUGACAAGCUAGGGAGAUACCUCUUCCUAAAAGGCACGAUAGCGGACAGAAUGUACACCCUGGCUUCCAUUUAUGUGCCCAACAAAAACCAGGCACGUUUCCUUCGGAGAACAAUGAACAAACUGAGCGGAUUCUCGGAGUGCACACUCAUUGUGGGGGGUGAUCUCAAUACCCCGUUGGAACCUCAGAUGGACACAUCCACGGGACACUGUUAUAUACCUAUGUCUAGCAUUCACUCGAUACGUAAGUCGAUGGGUGACUUGGGACUGGUGGACUGUUGGAGAGUACUCAACCCGGAUGUCAAAGAUUACACCCACUACUCCGUACUCCACAACCGCUACUCGCGGAUUGACUACAUACUAAUCCAACAGGAAGGCCUGUCGCGACUGAAGAAGGCCACAAUCGACCCCGCUACAUGGUCGGAUCACGGUCCGGUUACAGUGGAACUGGAAUCGCCACUGUUCAAACCGGCAACAUGGACCUGGCGUCUGAACGAAUCCUUGCUACAGGACCCCGAGGUGGAAAGCGAAAUUGCACGAGCUCUUGACCUUUACUUCGAAGAAAAUGAUGUGUCAGACACCUCUCCAAUUGUACUCUGGGAAGCUCAUAAGAGUACCAUCCGCGGUAUACUUAUAAAAAUAGCCUCUCGACGACGGAAGGCAACCAUGCAGGAAAUGGCGGACCUAUAUGGAACUAUCUCGAAGCUGGAACUCCAACACAAACAAAACCAACUUGCCAGUGUCCGACAAGACCUGACAGAUGCCCGACGCAGACUGAAAGAUCUUCUCACGAAACGAUACUACCGCUCACUACAACACUCCAAGAACUUUUUCUAUAUCCAUGCUAACAAAGGAGGCAAAUACCUAGCCCGCGUCCUGAAAGGCGAUACCCCCCGCACACGGAUACAUAAAAUACGUCUACAAACAGGGACAGUGUCCCAAUUCCCUGAGGACAUCGCCAAUGAAUUCCAACGAUAUUACUACGCCUUGUAUAAUCUACAUGGCCCUGGAAAUAUGACGGUGGGAAGCCACGCCAGCACACCUAUUCAAGAAUACCUACAAGACAACGUAGGUAGCCGGGUAUCACGGGAAGCAGCGAAUACGCUGGACGAACCGAUUAGCAUUGAGGAAAUGGCCGCAGCCUUGAAGAGUGCUAAGGCGGGCAAGGCACCGGGACCUGAUGGAUUCUCCAUAGGUUAUUACAAACGCUUUUCCUCAACUCUCCUACCUCGACUAACUGCUGCGGUCAACACCAUCACCGAGGGAAAAAGAUUCGGAGCGGAAUCACUAGCCGCCACUAUCACGGUCCUGCUCAAACCAGGGAAAGACCCGGAACAGUGCAGCAGUUACCGACCAAUAUCCUUACUAAACGUGGAUACGAAACUGCUCACGAAGUUACUAGCAACUAGGCUACAACGUAUACUGCCAAGCCUGAUCCAUGAAGACCAGACGGGGUUCAUACCGGGGAGGGAGGCGCGAGACAGUACACUGCGCCUCUUCUCCAUACAACACAGAGCACGGGAGACGCGGGACAAGAUCUUACUCCUUUCCACGGACGCCGAAAAGGCCUUCGACCGUGUUAAUUGGUCAUACAUGAUGGACACACUGAGGGCCAUGGGUCUAGGACAGAACAUGUUGACGUGGAUCUCUGCCCUGUAUGAUAAACCACACGCAUCUAUCCGGGUGAACGGGGCCCUUACCUCCGGCUUCGAGAUUCAAAAUGGAACUAGACAGGGAUGCCCCUUGUCGCCACUACUAUUUGCAAUGACUCUGGAACCACUGCUACACGCGAUCCGCCAUAACCCAGACAUCUCGGGAUACAAUUGGAGGGGAACGGAGCAUAAGGUGGCCGCAUAUGCGGACGAUCUUCUCUUCUUUAUCUCUAACCCACGAGUCACGAUGCCCUGCUUACUUCUAGAAUUCGAAAAAUUCGGGAAAAUCGCAGGAUUUAAACUCAAUCUUUCAAAAUGUGAAGUACUUAAUCUAACCUUUCCACCGGAAGAAUACCUGGAAUUGGGAACAGUCUUUCCAUUCCGCUGGUGCGCGGAGAAAAUGAAAUAUCUUGGAGUGUGGAUCACCACAAACCCGCAGGGACUUUAUCGACAUAACUUUGCCAACAUCCUGCGACAGGUAACCUCAGAUCUUGACAGAUGGGCAUAUCCGCACAUCACCUGGCACGGACGAAUCGCAGUACUCAAGAUGAACGUGCUCCCGAGAAUCCUCUACCUAUUUCAGACAAUACCCGUGGCACCACCGACAACCUUCUUCUCCACCCUGAAAUCGGCGGUAAUUAGAUAUGUCUGGAGAGGAGAGAAGUCUCGACUACGCCACAACGUACUUUGCCUACCUAGACUUGGAGGUGGCCUGGCGCUCCCGGACUUCAAAAGAUACCAUCAAGCCACCACACUUCAACGAAUCCUGGAGUGGCACGCGGCUGAUUCCCCAAAACAAUGGGUCGUGCUGGAUGGGGGAGAAUCGCGGGCCACACUUAAAGCGGUGGUAUGGCAAGGGGGAACGGGAUGUCGCGAUGGCGAAGGAGCAGGGAACCCGACGACGCAGACGCUAAAGACUUGGGCAACGAUACGGAAAACCAGCCAUGUGUCCCCGACCCCUAGUCCCCUGCUCCCCAUAGUCCCCAACCCAAACCUGGCGGGAGGCAUUUCGGCCAAGGCCUGGAUAUUUCUGGAGGAGGGGGACUACAUCCCGAUUCGAACGGUCCUCCAAGAAGGGGCAAUUCGACCCCUAAGCACAUUAAUGGCCGACAGACCUAAUACGCCCAUGGCGUCCCUCCGCUACCUGCAACUAACACACUACUAUAGAUCCAUUCCACGCAGGGAACACCUACAUAGAGACCUCACAUGGUUUGAGGGUCUUUGCCAACGAGGCGCCACACUCGACAAAGCAAUCUCACUGCUCUACCAACACCUGCUGUUGGGAGCUACCCCAACUAACAACACCUUCAGGAGACAAUGGGAAGAACAAAUGGGCGAACCGAUAUCGCAACCACAGUGGGACGCAGCACUUUUAUGGCAACACAAGAGUUCCUCCAGCUCACACUAUCAGGAAGUAAACAAACUGAUAUCCAUGUGGUAUAGAACACCAGUUGCCCUACACAGGAUCUUCCCAACGGCGUCCCCAACAUGCUGGAGAUGUCAGGAGGAGAGAGGCACGAUCAUACACCUUUGGUGGGACUGUAAGAUCAUUAUCCCAUAUUGAGAAGGAAUCCGGUCUGAAAUCAAGGAGGUACUAGGGGAGGACACGGAAUGGUCCAAGGAACUAGUUCUCCUGCACAUCAACUCACGAUCCAUAUCUGGUUACAAGAAGUCCAUCCUACGUCACCUACUGAAUGCAGCUAAAGCCCUUAUCCCUGUAUAUUGGAAGCGAACUGAGGCCCCCACGGUUGCAGAAUGGCGAAACAGGAUCGGAGACAUACAGUUGGCGGAAGCACUACAGGCAUCCCUGACGGGUCGGGGGACCAGGCACGCGGAGAUGUGGCAACCAUGGUUCGUCUACCAGGCUGGAGGGCACUAAACGUCUCGUGAGGGGGGAGGGAGUGACGGUGGACGGGGAGACAGAUCACGCGCCUAUCCCGCCAAAGCUGUGGGGGUUGGGACCACUCCAUCACUGGAAAUAUAAUCCCUGGGCAGAUGAAACCAACAUCGGCCCGCCGACCCAACCCUCCCGCACACAUUCCGAAACGCUGAAAAUACGUGACCCAACUGAGACUUCCCUUCUCGCACGCGACUAUAACCACUGGGCACCCACGGAGCGCGAUAUGGGGACAAGGGGGGGGGGGAACCUGAUAGGACCGCUACUUUCUUUUCUCCCUUUUCGACUCUCUUUCCCAUGCUGACCCCUCUUACAUGUCUAAUACACAGUGCGCACGCCUGGGGGAUAGGGGGAGGAGGGGGAAGCCAAGAGUCAAGAAAACCAAAAAAAAGGAAUACAUAAUACUGGCACUAUUAUCGGUACAUCGAAUUGCGGGACAUGGGAACACACCCAUAGGAUAACCAAGCCUAACCUUAAGACCAAAGCACCUACGCUCCUUUCAUGUCAGGAGCUAGUUAACUAUGUCCAGCCUAUUAUUAGGCACUCUUGCUACAAGGUAUACUGUGUUUUAUGAAUGCACCCGACUUAGAGCCACGCUUUAUGUCAAAAGACCGCUUUCUAGCAAUAAGGAUGUUACAUACUAUACAUAUGUACGUACGCCAAAACAAUGACGGUUGUCACUCUACAUACUUUACCUUUCUGUUAUCCUAUGUACGCCUACUGUUAGUUACGUAACUUAUCGCUGUAAUUAAAUCCUGUCAGGAGACUUGGUUAUGUGGACACAAAAAAUGUGACUCAAAAUAUGGAAAUAUUGCUACAAUACCCUUAUCUUCUAAGUAGGCCUGCGAGCCGAAUUCUUUCUGUAACCCUCUCUUUCCUUCAAUAAACAGAUUUACAAAAAAAAGAAAUCCAAUCUGGCGUAUUUCGUACCAGCUUUUACCCAGAAAAUAUUAGCUUUUAGUUAUUUAAUUUUAUAGUUAGUACAAUUGGCUUAUAUUUACCGAUAGAUCUGGAUGUUAUUUUUAAGAUUGUAACAGGAUGUCGUCUUGUCCAUCUCUUGUCUUGUGUCAUAUCUCCUUUCUCCUUCUGUGUAUUUCUGUCUCUCCAUUUAUGUGUGUUUUUCUUUGUGUACAUCAUGGGGGUUAUAUGUCAUUCCUUAUAUAUUAACCUUGUGACCUGGUCCAAUUACAUUUUGGGGCAAGUCAUUAUGUUAAUGGCUGUUGACAUAAUUUUUUUUUUUGUUUAAUUCGAGUUUUAUUGUUAUUUCACAACGUAUAACGGGGAUACAGAAGGCAAGAAGGGAGGGUAAGGUAUGCGGUUGUGAUUCGUACAUUUUAUACAGUAAAGUCGAUAUAGACAAAUAUAGACAAAUAUACAUCAAUCCCCAUUGUUCUUUGCAUAUUGGUACCGCUGAUAUUGUCUCAUCAUUCUGUAUUACACGAAACCUUGGUGCAGGGUUGGUGACUAGUGUCCCCAGAAAGGAUGGGGGUAGGGAAUGGUGGGGAGAGCGGGGAAGUACUAUAUACAUGGGAAGUGGGUGGGGGGGGGGGGAGGUACAAGGUAUCUUUUAUUGUUAUUACUGUUCCGUCUAUUGUGGAUUAUUCUGUACUAGUGCCCAGUGUUUUAGCCAUGGUUCCCAUAUGUUUAGGUAUGUAGUGUAUUUGCCUAUUGUGGACCAAUGUAGCAUUUCCAUUUCUCUCAUGUGCUCUACCCUUUCUAUCCAUUGUUUGGCUGUGGGUGGUACAUUUUGUUUCCAAUGGACCGGUAUAAGGUUGUUUGCUUCUCCCAGAAGGAGCCAUAGUAGGCGCUGACUCUUCAUACAUUGAAAGGAGUGUGGCCACCCUAGUAGAAUUUGGGAGGGGGUUAGGGAGUGUGGUAGUUUUAAGAUCUCAUCGAUCUUGGAGGUCACCUCUGCCCAGUAUGGUCUCAUGAGUGGGCAAAACCACCACAGGUGUUCCAUACUGCCCACCUCUCCCCCGCACCUCCAGCAUUGUUCGCUAACUGUUUGCCAAAAUAAAUGAAGUACCUCCGGGGUUCUAUACCACCUAGUGAUACGUUUAUAGAAUGACUCUUGUCUUGAUAGGCUACUGGAGGUGUGCAUGGGUUUUGUGAAGACAUAUGCCCAGUCCUGGUGUGACAUAUGUAUGUGAAGUUCCUUCAUCCAUUUACGUUGGUAUGCUAGGGUCUCUUGGGCCCUAUCAUUAGUUUGGAUGAGUUUAUAAAUUUGUGAUAAGGUGCGUUUUAUUGGUUGUGCGGUCGUGCAUAAUUGCUCAAAGGGGGUUGAACCUCUUGGGGUCCAAUAUGGUAGUACCGCUUGAGUGAUAGUGUGUCUUAGUUGUGCGCAUCUCAUUGCUUCCAUGAGUGAAUGGUGGCCUCUCGGAAUUUGGGGUUGCUUGAGUUUAGGGGGUGUAUCUCCUGUCAGCAAGUCUCCUAUUUGUGGGUUUUGUAUUCCCCAUAGUUUUAGUAUAGUAUCUGCCCCUCUGCCUCCUAAUAUAUCCGGGUUAUGGUUUAACGGGUAUAAUGGGGAUAUGCCCGGUGACAGUUUCCAGGUAUUUUUGUGCAAUCUCCACUUCUUUAGGAUGUGGGGAAUAAGGGGGUGUGUCAUGGUGGUCAGCUGCUGAGGUUGGCAUGUCUGCCAAGGGAGGGAUGGUAAAGGAGCCUGUGCAUGUAUUUGUUCUAUGUCGUACCACGAUUUUUUGUGUUUUAUAUCUAUCCAUUCCCUGAGUCUAGUGAAAAGGACUGCUAUGUAGUAGUUGUACAUAUGGGGUAGCCCGACACCUCCUUUCUUUUUAUCCCGCGUGAGUAUGUCAUAUGCCAGUCGGGAUUUUUUAUUUCCCCAAACAAACGUAAGGAAGAUGUUUUUCAGUAUGUGGAAGAACUGGCGUCCGAGUUCGAUGGGAAGUGUUUGAAAUGUAUAUAAAAUUUUUGGUAGUAUCAUCAUCUUAAUGAUGUUGACUCUUCCAAAAAGGGAAAAGUGGGGUUUGUCCCAGUGUUUGAGUUGUGAUUUAAUGUUAUCCAGUAGGGGAAUGUAGUUCAUUCUAUAGAGGCUUGUCGUUGUGGGUGCGAGUUUGAUGCCUAGAUAUGUUAGGCCUGUGUUUGCCCAUCGAUAAGGGUAGUUGUGGCUUAUGUGUUUGUGUUGGGUCGGUUUUAGGUUGAUGCCCAUUAGUUCGCAUUUAUCAGCGUUUAUUUUUAAAUUUGAGUAUGUACUGAAGUGUUCUAUUUCGCUCUGAAGAUGCAGGAGGGAGCGCUCAGGGUGUGUGAGUGUUAGGAGUACGUCAUCUGCGAAAGCAGAUACUUUUACUUCCUGGUCUCCUGCCCUGAUGCCUUUAAUGUUGGCAUUUGCCCUGAUGGCGUUCAGAAAUGGUUCCAUCACCAGAACGAAUAGUAGCGGCGACAGAGGGCACCCUUGUCUUGUGCCAUUACCUAUGGCAAAGGGGGGAGAGUCUUGCCCAUUGACUCCAAUCGUGGCUGAUGGUCCUUUAUAUAGUGUUCUCACCCAUCGUAUGUAAUUGGGGCCGAUUCCUAGGGUUUCAAGGGUGGUGAAUAGGAAGGUCCAGUCUACUCGGUCGAACGCCUUUUCAGCGUCCACCGAGAGGAGUAUUGUCGGUACCCUGGUGGUAGAGGCACCAUAUAUGAGGUUGAGUAGUCUUGUGGUAUUGUCUCUCGCCUCCCUUCCAGGGAUGAAACCCGCUUGGUCUGUAUGGACCAAGUCAGGCAGUAGUGUCUUGAGUCGAUUGGCAAGGAUUUUUGCAAGUAAUUUUACAUCGAGGUUAAUUAGGGAGAUGGGCCUAUAACUACCACACAGGCUCUGGUCCUUGCCGGGUUUCAGCAGGAUUGUUAUCGAUGCUUUCAGCAUCGGGGGUGGUAAUUCGGUAGUGGUUAGUAGAUUGUUAAGCACUUCUAGAUAGUGGGGAGAUAGGAUGUGUUGAAAAGAUUGGUAAUAUCUGGCCGUUAGGCCAUCUGGUCCCGGGCUUUUACCCUUAGGAAGUGUUUUAAUUGCUCGCUGCAAUUCUGCCAGCUGGAUGUGGGAGUCUAAUAUGGUUGACUGGUGUGAGUCUAUUGUUUUUUGGAUAUGGGAGGAGAUAUAUGUUUUAAUGUCAUGGGAAGGACCUCUAUGGUGCUCUAGGUUAUAUAGAUUACUAUAGUAUUCCCGGAAAAUUUUGGCUAUGUCCUCGGUUUUAUCUUUGCGUGUACCGUCUUGCGCCUUUAUGUGGGAUAUGUAUGUUUUUUGGUGCUUUUCUUUUAGGGCUCUGGCCAGGAAUUUCCCACUCCUAUUACCGUGUGCGUAAUAUGUUCCCCUGGUUAGGAGUACUGCUCUGUGUGCCUGCAUCGUAAGGAUAUUGCGUAGAUCCAUUCUCAAUGCCGUUAGCUUGUUAUACGCCUCCACUGAGGAGUCGGUUUUAUGUUCCAUUUCUGCUCUAGCUAUUGCUUCUGUGAGUGAUUUGAUCUUUGCUUGGCGUUCUUUUUUUAUAUGUGCACCCCACUUAAUCAGUAUGCCUCGGGUGAUACCUUUGUGUGCCUCCCAUACCCAGGUGUCUGCGGUGUCUUUGUUUUUGUUUUCAAGAAAGUAUCUAGGGAGGGAAUUAUUGAGGUCAUCAGUCACUCUUGGGUCGUCCAAGAGCGAUUCGUUUAACCGCCACUUGUUGGUGGGUGUGCAUGUUCCUGCAAGGGAUAGUGUGAGGAACACCGGGGCAUGGUCUGACCAUGUGAUGUGGCCAAUUGAUGCUUCCUUUAACAAGUGUAAAUGCCUAUGUUCUAAGAGGAACAUAUCCAAUCUGGAAUAACUAUGGGCCACCUGUGAAUAGUAGCUAUAGUCCCUCUCCUGUGGGUGGGAUAUUCUCCAGCAGUCCACCAGCUGGUGGGCAUGGAGGGAUCUUUGAAAUAAAGCCCUUUGGUGUUUCUGUGUGUCUUUACUGGUUGUGGAGCUGUCCAUAGAGUGGUCUAGGACCAUGUUCCAGUCUCCCCCUAAAACUAUUAUCCCAUUAGCAAACUUGUGUAGUUUCCUAAGACAUGAGUUGGCAAAUGAUACUUGUUUGGUAUUUGGGGCAUAUAUAGUUGCUAGUGUCACCAGUGUGUUAUUCAGUGAGCCCUUGAUAAAUAGGUAUCUUCCCAAGUGGUCUGUUUUGAUUUCACUCGGGGUGAAGACUAUGCGUGGUGAUAGUAGGAUGGCUACUCCUCUCGCUUUGCCCCCGUGAUUGUUGCUGAAGAAUGCUUGUCCUAUUGUUUUUGCCCUUAGUUUAGGGGUUUGAUCCCCCUUUAAAUGCGUUUCCUGUAAAAAAACGACAUCAGCCCGUUGUCUGUCUAUUUCUUGGGUUAGUACUGUACGUUUCUCUGGAGUAUUAAGUCCCCUGACAUUUAGGGACAUUAUUUUGAGAUCAGCCAUUGGGGGUCAGGUGGUAGUGAUGGCGUGUCUCCUCUGGGUAGUAAUGCUUACACUUGUACCUUCGGGGGUCAAAGGGGUAUAUGGGGGGAUGUAAACUUGGAAUGCUAUGUACAAUGAGCAUGUGGGUAACAUGCAUCUACCAGAUGGUGUCUAGCGCGCUAGGCUCUGUGUGAGUCCUACGUGCUCUCUGCGACUCCUCUAGGGGGUUACGGGGUCUUGGUUGUCCAGAACUUGGCCUGUAAUCUGAUUGGUAAAUUUAACAUUCUAAAAGCGUUUCCUAUAGUGUGGCCUGUGUUUUCUUAUGCUAACUCGUUAUAAAGUUGAAAUGUGGGUUUUUAUCCCCUAAUUUCGCGCAGCCAGGGCCCGAACCCCAGGAGGGUGUAGGCGGUGGUCGCACGAAAGGCAGUUUUAAUCUACAAUAUGAUAAUCAAUAUUCAAGUCAUAACAAACGGCAUACAACUUUCAAACGUAUAAGAAAGAGCGUCCAGGUGCUUCAGAGGUCUGCUUAACAUAAUAAAGGAUAUAUUGGAUCCCUCAGGUGGGUCUGCUUGUGGUGCCUCUGGGUGAUGUGGUCUGUUCAUUGCCCGAUGGGAUACGCCUUCUGCGCUUCUUCGGGGUUCUUUGCCAUUUAUUUUUCUGAGAGGCGUGUGAUGUCUGUCCCAGUGUUAGCCCAGUCCAGUCCUCCACUGCGGCCUUUGGUAGUUUUAGGGCUUGCUGGAAUGCUUGGACCUCCGCAGGUGUCGAGAUAGAGUACGUCGUCCCUUGCUGUGUGACCACAAGAGCAAAGGGAUAUGCCCAUCUGUAUCUUAUGUUCAUGUCCGAAAGGGCUGUUGUUAUGGGUCUGAGUGCUCUCCUCGCUAUGAGGGUCGAUUGUGCCAAGUCUUGGAAAAUCAGCACUUUAUGGUCGUCAUGUUUGAUUUCUCUGAGGUGCUUAGCUUUUUGCAGGAUUGCUUCUUUAAGUGGGAAGUGGUGGAUUUUACAGAUAAUAUCCCUCGGUUUGUCCUGGGGCAGUGCCCGAGGUCUAAGCGCCCUAUGUGCGCGGUCAAAUUUAAUGACUGUGUCAAGAGGCCUGCCCAGUAUCUUGUUAAAGAGGCCAGUGAGUAGGAGUAUGAUAUCUUCUGUCUCCCCCUGCUGUGUUUCAGGGAAACCCCUUAUCCUGAGGUUGUUUCUCCUGCCUCUAUUGUCUAAAUCCUCUAUUUUUCUUUGUAAGAAUAGGAUGGCUUCAUUGUGGGUUUGCUGGAGGGAUUGUAUGUUUGUGAGAUGCAGGGCACUUGCCUCCCCUUCUUCUUCUAGUGUCUGUACCCUGUGGCCUAUUUGGCUUACCUCUUCGUGGAGCGAUUGUAGUUUGUCCCCAAAGCUCCUCUCCAUCUUGGAGAACAUCAGUUCCAGAUCUAGUUUAGAUGGUAGUUGUGAGAGUAGGGUUUUUAGGUCGUUACCCUCUAAUGAGCUUUCUGAGGGUGCAGGGCUAGAAGGUGCGCUGUGCGCGGGAGAUUUCUCUACCGCCGCCAUCUUGGAUUUGCUCUCCGGCUCCGGUUUUUCUCCGAAAUACCGUCGGAGGGAAGUUUUGGACGUGGUAAGUGGUACCGCUGGGGUAGUGUUUGCCUGUGCUCGAGGUUUUUUUGAUGCCAUGUUGUCUUAGCUGCCGGGGAUGCUGCUUAUAAGGCCUGUUCUGGACGGAGCUCAGCUCUCAUGCGGCCAUUCACUCCGGUGACCAAGCCACGCCCCUUGACAUAAUUUUUGAUAUAUAUUUCUAUAUGUCUCAAACAGUAGGUGGAGCUGUUGGCUUACAUCAGGAGUAUUAUCAGCUAUUAUCAUAUAGGGUUAAACUUUGUUCAGGACAAUUUAGGAAUGUUUCAUUUCAAGAUACUUUUGGUCAGCAAUUCUUCUUUCUAUGUGGACUUUGGUUGUUCAACCAAUGUGUCCUUGUUCACCUAAGUGUUAUGGCAAUUUCAGGAUAUUAAACCCCUUCCCGACCUGGACCGGCAAUCCCGGUCCAGGGGGACUGCCCGAGAUCCCAGCAGUCCCCCUGCUGCAGCUCCGUCCUCUCUGGCCCUCCAUGGCCAUGUAAUCACCAUGCUCACAUGGCUGCAAUGGAAGUUCAUGGAGCUGCCAGCAGGGGGACUGCCUGAGCAAUCAGGCAGUCUCCAGCCACCAAAAAUGUAAAAAAUAUAUAUUAUACAUAUAUUACAUAGGUAUGAUAUAUAAUAUAUUAUACAUAUAUAAUGCAUAUAUAUGAUUGCAUUAUAAGUGUACUUUGAGAUAUAUACACAUAUAUCUCAAAAUACACCUAUAAUGUAAUCAUACAUAUGCAUUAUAUAUGUAUAAAAUGCUUUAUUUUAUAAUAUAUUAUGUGUGUGUAUAUAUAUAUAUGUAUAUAUAUAUAUACACACACACAUUCUACAUUCUACAAGUAGAGUAAUGUCUCACAAGUACAACAGUACCCCUCAAAUAUAGGUUUUAUGGUGAUUUGGAAAAUUACAGGGUCAAACAUAAGAUUUGCCAAUUUCUAUUGUUGUAAAUUGCUAUUUGCCAGAUUGGCUAUGUUGCCUUUGAGACAGUAUGGCAGCCCAGAAAUAAAAAUUAACCCUACCAUGACAUACCAUUUGAAAAAGUAGGCAACCCAUGGUAUUCAAAAUGGGGUAUGUCCAGUCUUUUGUAGUAGCUACUUAGUCACAAACACUGGCCAAAGUUAGCAUUUAUAUUUGUUUGUGUGUCAAAAAUGCAAAAAAAAAAAGAAUAUGAACACUAACUUUGACCAGUGUUUGUGACUAAGUGGCUACUAGAAAAAACUAGACAUACCCUAUUUGCAAUAUCUUGGGUGGUCUGCUUUUGUAAAUGUAAUGCCAUCAUGGGUAAUUCUUAUUCCUGGGCUACCAUACGUCUCAAAGGCAACAUAACCAAUUUGGCAAAUUUCAAUGAAAAAAAUGAAAUGGGCAAGCCUUAUCUUAAGAAUUACAACAGCAGUAACAAUCACAAAAAGUAAGCAGUAUAAUCCCUCCCUCCAGAGUCCCUUCUUUUAUAUGGGUGGCUGGUCUCUUCAUUGGUGUUCCCUUGGGCGUUGUUCACUUGUUCCAGCUGUAGAGAAUCAAAUUUCCCGGGUUUCAACGAUUUUCUGAUGUCACUUCCGGUUUUCGGCAAUAACGGAAUGUCACUUCCGGUGCAGCGAUUUGCACGGAUGCAAUGCAUUCCACCUAUGACUUACACAGUAAACAGAUUACUAUUGGGAGCCCUGAAGACUCAAAAAAAAACAUAAAAGCAAAAAAUGAAAACGGAAUGGCAAUAACUCCAUAUGUAGUUAGUGCUAAGAAGGUCUAUUGUUAAAUAUUUCUCCCCAUGUAUGGAAGAAUGUCUAUUAUAAGAUAUAGUGCAUUUAUUUGAGAUUUUGAUGUAAAAAGAAGCACAAUGUUAAUAUCUAUUUAUUCUUUAUAAUUUAAAAAUUGCUGUGCAUGUUGUAUGUAAGUUACUUCCAGAUGGGGGAAUCAAUAUGAAUUUUCACUUUUUUAAUAUAUACAUAGUUUCACAUUAAAAAUGGGAAUACUGUACCCAUUAUGAUUAUUAAUAAAAAAAAAAUAAACAAUUGAUUUAAUUUUAAUUAUGGAUCUUAACUUAAGAAUUCAAAAUUACAGAUAUAAUAUACAUAAUGGAAAAUGUUUUCCACACUGAAAAAAUAUAUAUAUAUACAGAUGAAAGAAAUGUAUAUAUACAUGAAAAAUGUAGUGAGAUAUAAUGAAAAGAAUAUAAAUAAGGAUAAAUAAAUAGAUAAAUAAAUAUAAAAUAAAAAUAAAAUAUUACAAAAAUGUAAAUAAUAAAACAUAAUAAGAAAAAUAAAAUUAAAUACAAAUAAACAAUCAUAGUAAUAAAAAUAAAGAAUAAAAAUGAAAAAAUGAAAAAAAUUUGAUAGAAAGAAUAAAUUAAGUAAUAUGAAUGUUCCAAUCCACUUUUAAUUUACAGUGGUAUCGUUCCUACAAUGGGUCCUUAUGAGGGGCGUACCAUAAUCCCAUUUACAUUAAAGGAAGCAGAUAAUGUCUAUUUCAGCAUUGAGACCUCUGAGUUCCAGGGUGCCUAAUUGAUGGAUCCAGAAGGUCUCUCGCUGUGCUAGCCUCUUGUCCCUGUUGCCACCUCUCCAAUGGGGUCUUAUAUGUUCUAUACCAAAACACAUCAUGGUCUACCACUUAAAGAGGGGACAGUUGUUACAGUGAACUGGAACUGUGUGAUUGAUAUCUUUUUUUCGAAUAUUAUUCUGAUUUUCUAAAAAUCUGAUUUUGAGUAUUCUCUUGGUUUUGCCGACAUACUGUUUGCCACACGGACACUGGAGUAUAUACACCACAUAGUCCGUGUGUCAUCCACUAUAGUCUCUAAUCAGAUAUUUUUUCCGGUUGCUGUACUGAUGAAAUCUUUUUUUAUUCCCACUUUGUUCCCUAUGGUCUUACAUGAUUUACAUGUUAAGCAUCCUUUACACACACUGCAGAUUUAGAUAUUUCUCUCUGAUUAUUGACAGUUUUAAUACUAUAGCUAGGUGCUAGGGUAUUUUUUAUUUUUUUUUAAUUAUGGGUGGGCGGUCUGGAAGGAGAGGUCCUAAAAAUAUGUCUUCCUGUAGUAUAGACCAAUAUUUUGAUAUUGCCCUUUUUAUCUUGAAAUGAUCUGUAUUAUAUUUUGUGAUGAAAGUAUGAUCAUAUUUCUUUAUAUUUUUUCUAUCUAUAUAAUUCUUUUCUUUAGGUUUGUCCUCUAAUAGGUUGCUCCUAUUACUCCUAUUUAUACUUGAAACUGAGUUCCUUUUCUAAGUGAUUUUUAUCGUAUCCUUUUGCGAUUCAUUUGUUUUUAACAACAGUGGCUUGGAUUUGAAAUUCAUUUGAUUUGGAGCAAUUGCGACGUACUCUAGUGAAUUGGCUUUUAGCGACUCCUCUGAGCCAAGGGUCAUGAUGACAACUCUGUCUGUGUACAAAGCUAUUGCCGGACCUGAGAGUAAACCACAGUAGAAACAAAUACACAAUUACAUUGGCUCUCAGGUCCAGGACACUCCCAUACAAAAUCAGAUAAUCCCUCCUCUGUGCCUGGGAGAUAAUUGGAUCAGGAACUGUACUAGUCUAAUCCAGUUAUCUCCAAGCACAAAAAAAAAUAUACUUUUUCCAAAACAUACCAAAAGUACCCUACAAAUACAUAAAACCUCACAAGUUACAUCCCCUGAUAGCCCUGAUCUGGGUGACCAACAUAUCCAAAAAUCAUCCAGGUCAGUUCAGGGAUUAAGGAAUUUCCUGGAAGUCAUUAGUUUAACCGACCGCACACAUUGUCCCAUGCCCAAAAUAGUUCCAGAGAAUCAGGGGCUUGCAGUUGGUUUAGUUCGGUAGUUUAAAAACAAACAAACUACUGAACAUAGUCAAUAGUCUUACCCUGGAGCUUGCUCCCCUUGUUCAGAUGAACGAUUUCACCGAACAGUGCCCUUCUAACUUGUGUAAAACCGAACACAGGCGAUGAUGGAAAUCCAGCGGUGUUCGGGAGUUUGUGUGUCCGAUUUUAGUUCCAUGAGAUUCAUGCCCAAACACCGCUGCCUGCGUUCAUGGGAACAAGAUGGCCGCCACCUCGUGGUCGUCUAUAGAAAUUGCGGCCACCCAGACGAACACUUAGAACACUGAGGUGGAAAUUGUUACGGUGUAGCAAUUAGGCUUAACAAGCUCCAGGGUGGUCUCCAGUCCGUGCGGCUGUUUGGUUUCCGAACCACAUAGUCCAACUACACGAACGGAGACUUUUUUUUAUCACAUUAUACAAGGUCCAUAGUCUGUGGGCAGGAAGAUGGCAAGCAUGCUCCUCCAGGAAUUCGUGGCAAACUCACUUGAAAAGAGGAGUUUGUCACAUACCUCCUAUUUUUGCUUAACAUGUAGUUUUAAUUAACAUAUACUUGUCUUAUCUUUUAUUGACACAGAUGCAUUUACUCACUGUCUGGCUCUUUUAGUUGACAGGGUAAUACUUUGAGAAAAACAUAUUGUUUCUUCAUUUUAGCACCUCAUGGCAUAUUAGCUAAAUUGCAUUUUUGCUAUUCUGCAUGUAUUAUUUUGAUCUCACAAUAUAUACAUAUUUCCUUCCUACACAAUAUCUGACACCUCCCUCUUGAGCUUAGGGCCACUUAAAUAUUCCGUCAUGAUUCCCUUUUAUUCCAGAAGUUGUGUCCUUAAGGGGUUAAGAGACUGAAAUUUCCCUAUAACACUUAAUAAGGGUCCCUGCCCACACGCAGCCCAGACUCCACUGGAGGAAUGGCUAAGACAUAGGUCACACCUUUCCUUUUAGCCAUACCAAUUCAUACUGGCAAUGUCAGCUAUGGUCAGCUGAUACUCUCCCAAUCGCCACUGUCCAUUGCUGCUCAGGUUGUUUCCUCAUUAGCCCAAGCAGCAGAGAGGUGAUGGGCUGCUGCGGAGUCUCAUUAAAAAAUGGUUUAAGACUAAAUGGAAGGGUAGUGCCAAAGACUCCAGACACUAUAACCACUUUAAUGAGAUGAAGCAGUCACAAUGCCUACAGUGUACCACUACGUUUAAAGGUAUGUAAUUUCUGGGCUGAGGUUUUCAUCUCUUUUUUAAUAUGGACACCACGUCUCUUUUCCUCCAAUUCAAUGGUAAGGAAAAAAUCUUCAAAACUGAUUUGAACGAAGCUCCCCAAGUACCCCUAGUUCUAUCACAUUUUCAUAUGGAGCUUUGUUUCCUUUUUUAUUUUCAUUUAUUUAGCACUUUGUCUCCAUUCAGUUACAUGUUUACUGUAAGGUUUUUAUAGUAGUGAUUUUCAUCUACAGCUGUAAGAUCGUUUGCUAUACAGGGAGUGCAGAAUUAUUAGGCAAGUUGUAUUUUUGAGGAUUAAUUUUAUUAUUGAACAACAACCAUGUUCUCAAUGAACCCAAAAAACUCAUUAAUAUCAAAGCUGAAUAUUUUUGGAAGUAGUUUUUAGUUUGUUUUAGUUAUAGCUAUGUUAGGGGGAUAUCUGUGUGUGCAGGUGACUAUUACUGUGCAUAAUUAUUAGGCAACUUAACAAAAACAAAUAUAUACCCAUUUCAAUUAUUUAUUAUUACCAGUGAAACCAAUAUAACAUCUCAACAUUCACAAAUAUACAUUUCUGACAUUCAAAAACAAAUCAGUGACCAAUAUAGCCACCUUUCUUUGCAAGGACACUCAAAAGCCUGCCAUCCAUGGAUUCUGUCAGUGUUUUGAUCUGUUCACCAUCAACAUUGCGUGCAGCAGCAACCACAGCCUCUCAGACACUGUUCAGAGAGGUGUACUGUUUUCCCUCCUUGUAAAUCUCACAUUUGAUGAUGGACCACAGGUUCUCAAUUGGGUUCAGAUCAGGUGAACAAGGAGGCCAUGUCAUUAGAUUUUCUUCUUUUAUACCCUUUCUUGCCAGCCAUGCUGUGGAGUACUUGGACGCUUGUGAUGGAGCAUUGUCCUGCAUGAAAAUCAUGUUUUUCUUGAAGGAUGCAGACUUCUUCCUGUACCACUGCUUGAAGAAGGUGUCUUCCAGGAACUGGCAGUAGGACUGGGAGUUGAGCUUGACUCCAUCCUCAACCCGAAAAGGCCCCACAAGCUCAUCUUUGAUGAUACCAGCCCAAACCAGUACUCCACCUCCACCUUGCUGGCGCCUGAGUCGGACUGGAGCUCUCUGCCCUUUACCAAUCCAGCCACGGGCCCAUCCAUCUGGCCCAUCAAGACUCACUCUCAUUUCAUCAGUCCAUAAAACCUUAGAAAAAUCAGUCUUGAGAUAUUUCUUGGCCCAGUCUUGACGCUUCAGCUUGUGUGUCUUGUUCAGUGGUGGUCGUCUUUCAGCCUUUCUUACCUUGGCCAUGUCUCUGAGUAUUGCACACCUUGUGCUUUUGGGCACUCCAGUGAUGUUGCAGCUCUGAAAUAUGGCCAAACUGGUGGCAAGUGGCAUCGUGGCAGCUGCACGCUUGACUUUUCUCAGUUCACGGGCAGUUAUUUUGCGCCUUGGUUUUUCCACACGCUUCUUGCGACCCUGUUGACUUUUUUGAAUGAAACGCUUGAUUGUUCGAUGAUCACGCUUCAGAAGCUUUGCAAUUUUAAGAGUGCUGCAUCCCUCUGCAAGAUAUCUCACUAUUUUUGACUUUUCUGAGCCUGUCAAGUCCUUCUUUUGACCCAUUUUGCCAAAGGAAAGGAAGCUGCCUAAUAAUUAUGCACACCUGAUAUAGGGUGUUGAUGUCAUUAGACCACACCCCCUUCUCAUUACAGAGAUGCACAUCACCUAAUAUGCUUAAUUGGUAGUAGGCUUUCGAGCCUAUACAGCUUGGAGUAAGACAACAUGCAUAAAGAGGAUGAUGUGGUCAAAAUACUCAUUUGCCUAAUAAUUCUGCACUCCCUGUAUACUUACGAAAAAAAAAGUUUCAAAUUGUUUAAUUGAACCAACAACUGUUUAAUUGUGCUUGUUUGUUUUGUUUUUUUUAGAUAUUUUUAUUUUGCGUGAAAUGUACUUAACAUAGGUGAGGUCUGUGAGUUUCUGUUCUGGAUUCAUUUGGAACUAAUGACCCCACAUUUUUUUUUACAAUCUGUGUUGCACGUUAGAGUAUAUGAGUGGCUUCCAGUGUCGCUCAAUACUAAGCAUUACGAUGGUACAUAUUCUGUGAUCUGUCUUGACAGGGUUUCAAUCUGGGGGAAGGCCUACAACAUGUAAAUAUGAAUGUGAGCGCCUUCCAAUUCAUAGCAUCUAAAACAUGGUGGGGAGUGCAAUGGGUAGUGCAAAGUUGUAAGCUGGAGGACCGUUGAGAGUGUUUUGUAACAUUUUUCUAUAAAGGUUAUGUAAACUGUGACUUUUUGUGGUUUUGAAGAUCUUCGACCUUUUUGGAUCGAGAGACUUCAGCCACUAAACUUCCUUUUUAAGUACAUUGGAUGAAUUGUGUGUAAAUAGGGCAUUCAUAAGAAUAAAUCACUUAAAUUAGGUAUUUUUUAAAAAAAUGUGGCUAUUUUUUGUUCAAUGGUGAAUUCCUGAAAAUUUGCUGUAUAGUAGAUACAGUCUAUGGCCUCCAUAUAAUAAGCUUUCCAAAUGAUUUAAUACUGUUAGAUUUUACCUUUUGGGUCUUCUAAAAGUCUUUUCUACAACCUGACUCUCAAUUCCUCUGCAGACACUCAAUGCUGAGGAAUUCAGAAACAGGGAGAGCAGACAAGACGUCCCACAGCUGUCUACCAAUAGCAACCUCCAUGUAUGCACAGUGAUUGCUAUGGCAACUCAGGAGCGGAUGCUGCUAGCGCUGGCUAGGGAGUAUAGGAAUGAAGUGACAUGGCAACACUCCAUUUAGACGCUGGCAGGGAAGGGUCCCCAAACAGGUCAAAUCAAUGAAGAGCACAGGAGGAGCACGGACAGACCACAGGUGGGUGUUACCCAUCUCUUUAAUGAGAUCUUUACGGGAGCAGAGGGCCAGGUAAGUGGUGACAGUUUCCCUUUUAUGGUGACUUCUGUAUAUAAAUUAUUUAGAAAAAUUUUCUAACAAUAUUGGUUAAUUUGGAACGUUUAUUAAAUCAAGGCUUAUGAAAAAAUGAAGACUAUAAAUCAAAUGGUCAAAGUGAAAACUGAAUCACAAUAUUUAAAGUAAAAAGUGCUUAUUUUGGGGGGGGGGGGAGGGGAAAUCCAGAGUCAUAUUAUAACCGCUAUUUAAGCCUUUUAGUUUUCGAUUCACAAACAUUUUGGAAAAUAAUAAAUAUGUAAUUGUCUGUUUUGUGUUGCUCUGCAGUACUUUAUUCACUAGAGAGGUCUUGUGGUGUGUGUGUGUGCCAGAGAGAAAGUUGGUGUUGGAUACUGUAAUUCUUAGGUCAGGAUUUCUUCCUUAGAAUCGAAAUGAACUAAUUGCUCACCUGAAUGAUCAACUGCAAGAGACAAUAGCAAAGACCAACAUAGACAACAAGUAUGCCAAGAAGGACACAGAGCUGCAAAUCUCCCAGACACAGAAAAGGUGUAACAUUUCUGAAACUAACCUGCAGCAAGAGAUUGAGGUGGGCAAAAUUAAGAUCUAUUUAAUACAGGUAAAUCUCGAAUAUACUCAGGACUUCUUAAACCUAAGGGAAACUGAUCAGUGGCUUCCACCAUGAUCCUCUCAUCCAUUUGUAGAAGGUAACUUUAUCCCACGGAGUGGGAAUAAAAUUAUUUUAUGAUCCAGGAACUAACAUUUUAUAUAUAUAUAUAUAUAUAUAUAUAUAUAUAUAUAAAAAUAAAUUAUAGAGCCACAAUGACUGUGUAUCACCUAGCAUAAUCGGGGCAGGGUUGAUUGUAACAGAGAGGGACUGGGUACCUAAACGUGCAAAGUUUUUUCACUAUAUUGGGAAUUGUGGAGAAUUAACAAGGGAAUUUCACAUAAUUGCUUGUUUAAUGAAUAACGCCCAAUAGUGUGAGGGACGAUGAUGGUACCUGUAUAAUGGCAAGAACCUGGUCUUCCCCUGAUAUGGUAUAGACAAGGUUUUAGAGUAUGGUUGAUAUGGGAUUUACUGAGACCCUGGAUGUAUUUAUCAUUUACCAGUUACACAUGAGUUAGCAGGAACACUUAAUGAGGUCCCUCUUUUAAGAGGUCUAGGGGAUUUGUGGUAGCUUAAUGGUCUACCUAUAACAGGUAAGAGGAAUCAUUCAUCAUGAACUCUUCUCAGGCCUUGGUGGUUUUGUGGACCCCAAAUUGAUCCUACAGCCCAAAGGGGCUACACUUGAGUGUGUUCUAAUGUGGCACUAAGGAUCAUUCUUUAGAUGAUUUGCAGAGUUUAGAGGAGAGCAAAUUCUGUGAAUCUUGAAAUUUAGCCUGCAAAUUUCCCCUUGUGAAUGAUAUUCUUCAGCGUUACUACUGCAAACUCAUCAAGUGAAUAAUCUGAAGUAUCUCCAUUCUAAAAAGAAUUGUAAUACCAAUCGGUCACACACAAACACCAGCUUGUACAAUAAGAUACAACUUGCAGGCGUCAGGAUGCUGGAGAGACUUUUUGCCUUGAUAGUUGCAGACAUUCAGCGAGAUGGCAAACUAGGUGAGAUCUAACCUGGAAUGUGUGACAUUGCAAACAGAAUCACUAUUCAUACAGACUCCAUGGAUAUCAACUCAAGCCUGUUUAAUUCCAGACUGGGGAAUCUGACAUUUUUGUCAAAGUACCCGAAAACACUUCAACAAAAAGUGUACCCACUUUACUGCAUUAUAAUCAUAUAAUAAGUUACUACAGCUUGAUCUAGCUCUGCCAGGGUGUUUUGUUUUUUUUCAAUCUUUAUAUCUGAAAAUAUGUUUUCUGUAGCACAAGGUGUAGUUAAUUUUUAGUUACUAUUUACUUGCUGUGUUUUCAAUGCAUUGUAUCUUAAUCAAUUUCAGACUAUUCAAAUUAAAACGGAUGAAGAAAUUAGAGCACAUUUAGAUAUAGAGAAUUUCCAGAGGCAACAUCUGCAAGUGAGUAGACAAAAGCCUUGUAUGGAAAAUUAAAGGGGGGGAUAUACUAGGUUGUAUUUGACCAUUGCUUAGAAUUUAACCAUUUGAUGAACAUGUUUCUUGCAGGAGCUGGAAGCCAAACUUGAACACUGGAUGGAGAAGUGUGAUAAAGACGCUGAAAGGAAAGAGGAUGAAAUCCAGUCUAUGAAGAAAGCUAGAGAUAAGGAUCUUGCUUUGCUGAAAACACUGGCUGAGCAGGUUAAAAAAAACAAAACAGUUACAUUUAUUAAUGCAAUAAUACAUUAGUGAGUCUCUGUCACUUGUUAUAAUCUUAGUGUGAGCCAAGAAUAUAAGCCAUGAAACAAACCAAAAAAACGAAAGCCAAGGGAUAUUUCACUAUCGAAGAGGGACAGAUAGAUCAAACCGGCCUUUAAUAAUGAAAACUUUGCAUAAAGUCUCACAUCCAUGGAGCUCUGCAAAUAGCCUUCACUAUACAAUUAAAGAAAUAAAAGUUGCACCAAAACACAGUACAGCAGUGUUGCUUGUAGGUCUCACAGUAGUAGUAGUUUCCCCAAAAGAGAAAAAAAAAAUAGAUGUGUAAUUUCAUAAUUAUAUUGAUAUAUAGUAACAGGUAUAGUAGCAAGUAUCAUACUCAUGUGUUUGCCCUGAAGAGACACUUUUAUUCUGUUAUUUUUGACUCAAAUUUUAUUUCUUUUGUUGUACAUAUUUCUCUGCCUGAUUUUGGAAGGGUUAUCUGCUUUAUAGUUAGUGUAUAUAGCCCUAUAUUAAUAUUUGUCAUAGCUUUCAGUAUAUGCGGGGAGACCAGGCUGAGGUAUUAAACUUCUGUUUGUUUGUUUGUACAAAGGAUAUUGAAGUAUGCAACACUCUGAAGUAUUGAACACAUUAAAGAUUUCAUGAAAUUCCCAUCAGUAUUUUGGCCUACUGGUUUACAAAAAGUGUCACCAAUAGUGUUAUCAUACCUACUUCUUAGGUCAAUUAAUGGCUAUGGUUCACUGCGUGUAUAUAUCGUGUCAUAAUUCAUACGUUAGAGUAUUUGUCAUUUUUGCCUAUUGAUGGCCUUAAGUAUUUAAAAAAAAAUAAAAAAAAACAACUUUUUGUAUCAAGUGUUUGUGUCAGGAGCUUGAGCCGUUAGGUGUUCAUUCCACUUAAUUUUCACUGUAGUAUUUAUUGGUUUGGGCCUUAAGUGUUUGUCCACCAUGGUUUCAUAUUCCCAAUUUAGUGUUACUUGUGUGAGUAAAGCUGUUCGAGGAGGUGUCUUCAAAGACUUCCAUGCUCUCGCUAUUCGUGUAACUGCUGUUCCUAAGACAUGGAAAAUAAGUUUAACUUCUGUCUUUAAGUAUAAAGAAUAUGAAAGAGUGAUUACUGAAGAUCGUUUAGAAAAGGAGAAAGCGCGACAGGAGAAGAGACAAGCACAGCUAGAGCUGGAUAGUACGAUCAAGGUAAACAACUCAGGAAAAUAUUCUUGGAUUAGAUUUAGCAAGUUAAGGCUUGUCAAAUUUGCUUGGAAUCUAGCAGUCGGCUAAAAAAGUUAGGAGCCAGGUUUUUUUUUUCUAUAGUCACCAGGACCACUACAGUUUAAUGUAGUGGUUCUGAUGUCCAUAUCCGACCCCUGCAUGCUUUUCAAUGUAAACACUGCCUUUUCAGAGAAAAAAAUGAAAUAAAUAAAAUUGCUGCUUAGGAACACCUCUAGUCUCUAGUGAGACAGACACCAAAGGGGAUUCCUAGUCCAGUGCUGGACAGCACCUAUGUUCAGCAUGGAGGCACUGAAUGUUUCCCAUAGAGAUGCAUUGAUUCAAUGCAUCUGUAUGAAGAGAUGCUGAUUGACGCUGCUGAUGCAGCGCAGCAUUUUGCAGCGCAUGUGCAAUAGCCUCCCAAUGUUUUCUUAUUGGAAAGCAUUGGCUUAGCUGAGACCAUCGAGAUUGAUCUUAGCCAUAAAGGUGGAGACAGGCACAGCAUGGGGAGUAAAAACAAGUUUCCUGUGCGAUUGGAUCGCAAGGAAAGAAUACAACAGGACAGGGGAAGUGGGGGGGAGAAGAAAACUAUGGGGCAGAAUACUCUGGGACAGGGUGAAGGGAGGAGGAAAUAAUACUAUGGGACAGGAGAUUGGGGCAGCAAAGAAUACUAUGAGACAAGGGAAGGAGGGGAAGAAUACUAUGGGACAAGGGAAGGAGGGGAAGAAUACUAUGGGACAGGGGACGGGGAGGGGGAAGAAAACUAUGGGACAGGGUGAGGGGGGAGGAAAUAAUACUAUGGGACAGGCGAUAGAGGGAGAAAAGAAUACUAUGGGAUAGGGGACGGGGAGGGAAAUAACACUGUGACGAGAGCAAUCUCGCCACAUUGCAUUGGAGGAGCCUGGUUGCCUGCCCGCUCCCUUUAGACUAUGGACCGGACUUUUAAAAUACUUUAUUUUCCCUGCAGAAAGGCUUAUUCAUGCCUUUCUGCCAGGGCGUUCGGUAGAUUUUAUCUACUGAACAAAAUACCGAAGGCGCGAACACUGGGAAGCUGGCGUGUGCCUUCAAUUCACCUCCCUGAAGCUAGCGUGUGCCGUCAAUUGACAACCUAGUUGCUGCGGUUAACCACAGCUUAAUUGACUGUUACUGGGUGGCCGCGGUUACACUUAGCGGCCGCUAGGUGGCGGUGUUAUGGAGCUCCCCGGACAACCAGCAGUGCUCAGCCCGGAAUCAGUGCACUAAAAGCGGACACUUUUACGUGCAGGCACCGCUGAGACUUCAGCCUUCCCUGCUUCUAUUCAUGGCUGUUUAGCCGAACGCUGGAUUGAUCGGGACUUUUUCUAUGUGAAUGUUUUAACCCAGAUAGCUAUGCCAUGGAGCCUAUUCGUGUAAUUAAAGACUUUGGCUUCAUGGCAAUUGAACUGUGUGUAUAGGAUCUGAGCGCUAUUCGGUAGUUAUGUGCGCUCAGAUCCCAGCUAUCUGGGGAUAUGUGACAUGUCUGUAUUUUAUGUAUUACAUGCAACUAUGUAUAUUUUGACGUAUUUUACGGUCUUUGUGUCCCCACGUGUAUAAUGGCGAUUUGCCUCUGUCCUGGGAGAUAAUUGGAUUACUUCCCAAUUAUCUCCAGGAUAGAGGGAGGGAAAUUAGGAUGCAUUGUGGGGAUGUUUUACUUCUGUGUGUCUGAAUGUGAUACAUGUCUGUCUGUGUUACAGUCUCCCAUCUGGUCCUCUAGGGGAGUGUCCCCAUAAAUACUGGGCAGGUAGCCCUGAAUAAAUCAGACCACUGCUUGACCCUCAACACAGAUCUCUGUCUAGUCUUUGGGAUUUACUGUAUGCUGUUAGAGACUGAUUGCCAGGAGUGUAAGCCGCUUUGGUGCUUUUCCUGUUCGUCUCCUAGCAGCUAUUCGUUAGGUUCCAGUUCGGGAGUUUGGAGUGCUACUUUGUAUACAGUUCGGGAGUUUGGAGCAUUUCCUUGUAUUCAGUUCGGGAGUUUGGUGUUCUGCAGUAGCUGUGCCUGUGUCUCUGGAAGGGGAAGAUGUACUAAACAGCGGUUCCACUCUUUUAUGCCGGAAGUGUCUUAAACACUAUGGGACAAAGGAGGGGGGAGAGGAAAGAACACUAUGGGACAGGGGAGAGGAAAGAACACUAUGGGACAGGGGAGGGGAGAAAGAACACUAUGGGACAGGGGAGAGAGGAACAUUAAGGGGGGACACUAAGGUACAGGGGAGGAAGAGAAAAGAAACACAGGUGGGGGGGCACUAAAAGAGAAGUGAGAGGAAUAUUAAUGGGAAUGGGGGGCAGUAAGAGAGGAACACUAAGGGACAUGGAGGGGGUUGGGGUGACACCAACCCUAGUGACGCCACUGACCUGGGCCCCUCUCCACUAAAUGGGCUGACAAAUACCUAGUAUUGCCAUGGUGACCUGGCAUUUGUUGAGUCCAGUAUCAAAUGAUUAUUGAAGACAUUUUGAAAUAAAUGCAUCAGAGUGCAAGUGUUCAUUUAAUUACCAACUUUAUUAAAAGUAUUUCAACUUAAGUUCACAACUUUCUCUCUUUGUAGAUUCAAGCCUGGUGGCGAGGCAUGAUGGUACGGAAAGGGUUAGGAGCCUAUAAGAGAGCCAAGAGCAAGAAAGGAAAAGGAAAAGGAAAGAAAGGCAAAGCCAAGAAAGGAGGGAAGAAAAAAUAAGCUAUAUCACAUAGCUGCAAGAGCAUUGCACAGGAAAUCCUGCAAAUGAUUUAUCUGUAAUAAAGAUGUAAGGUGAAAGGAACGACCCCACUGUUUAAUUUUACAGCCAUAGUUAAAGAAUUGCCUUGCCAAUGCCAUACACAUUACAGGGCUGCACAACUGCACCUUGGCUUAAGCAUAACUUUGCAAUUCCCUACAAUCCACAACUGUUUAAUCCAGCACUGUCAGCGUUAUUCACUGAAAUGAGAAUUCAAUGUCAAUUCAAAGUAUAUUUUAAAUUUAAGGUUUAAAAAAUAAAAUAAAAAUUAAGGACUAGAAAAAUUCUGUUGGACAUAUUGCCACUUAGGCCAUAUAUAUAUAUAUAUAUUUUUUUUUUGACAAUCUUUAUUUUCAUUUUAUCAUUUUGUCACAGAGUAGUGUGAAUGUGGUAAAACAUCAAUUGUAACAUCGUAUUUCUGAAAACAGUAACAACAUGCGUAACCUUUUUACAAUAAUUCUCCAGUCAGGCUUCUCUAACAGUAGUUUCCAGUACAUGCAUUAGGUAGUGCAACUGAUGAUCAGGUUUCGAGGCUCAUGUCUCCUCUUGCCUACAUUGUGCACUUUGCUGCACUUAUGGCGUGCGUUCUAUGAUUAGGGUGUUAACCGGUGUCUGAUCUAGUAGCUAUAGGGGAUAUUGACCGUGUUUCAAGUGGGUCGCUGUGAUUAUAGCUCCUCUAGUGGUCAUCUCCCCGCUAGCGUCUGGGUUCCAGGGCUUAGUGUCGAAUGUUGUCGCGUUCAGGUUCUUGUGUCCAUUGUCCCCGGCCCACCCCCCACCCCCCUGUGCAUCCUGUCUAAGUUAUCGGUCGGCUGAGUGUCAGUCUAGGGAGCAGCAAGACCCAUGGUGCCUCCUGUUUCCUUAUCUGUUCUCAGUGUGUCAUCGUCGGUGCACUCGUGUGCCGGGUCAUCGACCCUUAGUUGGCCCAGCGCACGACUCGGGCCUAUCCUUGUUCCCAGUGUCACUGCGUUCGCGCAGGUGCAGCUGCUAGGAAAAGAGAUCAGUUUUCUUUGGAAAGAUGGCUACAGGCAUGGGGGUUGGUGUACUGGUUGUGUACCAGUGACAGAGCAGGUGGAGAGGGCGGCCGGGCAGGUAGGGGUUGAGUAUGGGGGGAUAAAAAGGGUGUGGGGAGAGAAGGAUGGCCCCCCCAGGUGGAGGAGCGUGCCCCCUUGCACCUGCCAGCGUCUUUCCUCUUCAGUCACCCUCGCCUCCCCCCUCGGGGCCAAGGCAAUGCCAGCAGUCUCAGUUUCCUUAUUUCAAGUGCAUGGGUUUAUGGUCCUAGUUCCCUCUUCGGUAUAUGAAGUAGAUCCACGGGGUCGACGUCUGCAGGUAUCUUUCUGUGGUUCCCCUCAGGGAUGCUGUGAGUGUCUCCAUCCCGUGAAUCUCUUCCACCUUAUCCAUCCACUGUUGGAGAUUGGGGACCUGUGUGGUGCGCCAUCUGGCUGGGAUGAGCAGUUUGGCUGCAUUUAGGAGGUGUUUCAUGAGUGAUUUUUUUAUAUCUUGAUAGGGGCAUCUCUGUAUGGUGAAGGAGCAUCUGAAGUGACUGUAGCUGGAGGUCGGUAUCCAGUAUUUCCUUGAUCCGUGUGGACCUGGGUUCAAUAUCGAGCUAUUUUUCUACAGGACCACCAAAUGUGUAGGUCCGUCCCCACUGCCUCCUCGCAUCUCCAACAUAGUUCGGUGGCAUCAGGAUUCAUCCGGUGUAGCCUCUCAGGGGUUCUAUACCAUACAGUCACCAGUUUGUUGUUGAGCUCCUGAUGUUUGGAGCUCAUAGAGCUUUGAUGCGCAAGUAUGUGGAUUUUAGUCCACCGUUGUUCUGUAAGUGUGACGCCCGUGGCUUCCUCCCAGCGUGCCAUGUAUUUCGUGGGUUCAAGGCGGAUUGCCGUUUGGAGCAGAGCGCAUAGCGUGGAGACAUCCCUGCAUAGGUGUGUUCGGUCCCUGCAGAGUUCCUCGAACCCCGUCAAGCUCCUGUGAAACAGGCGUCUCCCGUGAUGGGAUGUGUAGUAUGCUUUUAUUUGGAAGUGGCGGAGUCUCUCCAGACUCGUCGGGGCUCUAUCCGGUAGGAGGUCUGGAAGUUGUUUCAGGGCAUCUGCCACACACCAUUGGUGCAUGUGUGUGAAAUACAUUGCUCCGAGCGUCUUGAUGUCCUGUGGCAUGAGGCUCCCAGCUACAUUGGGGUUGUGGAUGAUUGGGGUCAGCGGCCCUGGUGUCGUGGUUAACGAGAGUUUGGUUCUUAUGGAGUACCUCGUCUGUAGAGUUGCCCAAAGGGUGAAAGGGUGAGUCCGAGUCUGCACGCUCCUCGGGGGCCCGUCUAACCAAACAGCCGCCAGAAGCGUCUUCUCCGUCUGCGCCAGCUCCAUGCGUAUCCAGAUCUUGUCAGUCUUUAGUACAUGCCAGUCCACUACGUGGUGUAGGUGUGUUGCCCUGUAGUAGGUCAAAAUUGAGGGGAGUCCCACUCCUCCCUGCGCUUUUGGCUGCUGCAGCUGAGCGCUCUUAAGUCUGGGGGGCUUAGAUUGCCAUAUGAAUCCGGAGAUGGCUGUGUCGAUGGUGCGGAAGAACAACGUCGGAAUUUUUAUCGGGAGUGUCUGGAAGAGGUACAGCAGGCGCGGGAGGAAGUUCAUUUUAAUGGCGUUCAUUCUGCCAAACCACAACACACAUAGGCUAGCCCAUUGUUUCAGUGUGAAUAGCAUUGGGGCAAAGUUGUGUGUGUAGAAUUGGGUCAGGUCCGCGGAGAGCCAUAUCCCCAAGUAUUUAAGUUUCGUUCGGCAGCAUGUGAACACGAACUGAGUUUGUAGAUGGGCAAUUUCCGGUUCCGUCAGUGAGAUGGGCAUGGCUUCCGACUUAUCUGCAUUCAGUUUCAUGUUGGAUAUUAGCCCGUACUCCGCAAAGGCUCGCAGUAGAUUCGGAAUGGAUACCAGGGGGGUUUGCUGAUGAAGAACAGCAAGUCGUCAGCAUUUGCGGCCACCUUGUGUGCCGCCCCCCCGCAGGGUGUACCCCCCUAUUCUCCCAUCCCGUCUGACCGCCCCCAGGAACGGUUCCAGGGAGAGGGCAAACAGGAAGGGGGAGAGCGGGCAGCCCUGUCUCGUCCCAUUUCGUAUAAAAACUGGAGCGGAGAGAGCGCCAUUGACCCGUACCCUAGCAGUUGGGGUCGUGUAUAGUGAUGAAAUCCAGGUUAUCAGGUGCGGUCUGAAGCCCAUAGCCUGCAGCGUAGCCUUUAUAUACCGCCAGUCCACCCGAUCGAAAGCCUUUUCCACGUCGGUAGAAAGCAGUAUGAGCUUCUGUGCCAAGCUCCCGGCCGCAUGGAUGACGUUUAGGGCACGGAUGGUGUUGUCCCUAGCCUCUCGGCCAGGGAUGAAGCCAACCUGGUCGGGGCUCACCAGUCCCGGGAGAGCAUCACUGAUGGGGGUGGCAAGUAACUUCGUGAAGAGCUUCAGAUCUGCAUUUAGAAGCGAGAUCGGUCUUGUAGCUGGAGUAGCUGGCUGGGUCCUUACCUUCCUUUCGGAUGACGGCUAUUGUCGCUGCUAGGGAGUCCCGAGGGAGCGUCCCUCCCUCCAGGAAGGAGUUAAUGCCAUUUAGGAGUCUGGUCAGAAGCACAUCCCCAAAUUCCUUGAGAUAUUUGACCGGCAACCCGUCCGGGCCCAGGGCCUUGUUAAGCUUGGAUCUUUUUAGUGCCGCCUGGAGCUCCUCCAGCGAUAUGGGCACUUCUAGUUCCUCCGCCUCCUCCUGGCUUAGCGUUUUAGAGACAUGCUCUCGCAAGUACUCAGAUAUCGGCAAAUCCCUAUGGUGCAUCGAUUCUGGGGUAGUCAUGGUGGGUAGAUUAUACAAGGUUUCGUAGAAUUCCUGGAAGGAUUCCACUACUCUGUUCGGCAUCUGAGUUGGUGUCUGUUCUUUAGUUCUGAUUUUAGUGAUGUGACACAUGCGUCGCCUCUUUUGGCGCAUUCUGGCCAGUAGGCGGCCGCAUUUAUCCAGGCCAUAUAUUUUAAAUUAACUUUGACUUCUUACUUUAGUAAAUAACCCCGUAAAUGUUAAUAUGCAUACAUGGACACUAGCUGUUUAACUCUCCUUGCAGAGAUUGGACCGGUGGCAGUCACUAACAUGUGCUUCCAAUAACACUAUACAUUUGUCAAUAUGCUUGUUUAACAUCACAUUCUGUAGAAAACUAGCUGAGGCUGCAUAUCCUCAGUUCCGCGAAGCAGGUGUUUCUCUGACGUGUACUUUCAUUAGCUUUCUGAUAUUAUUUAUAAAUCGCCAACAAAUUCUGCAGCGCUGUACACUUUUAAAUAAUGUUAGUAAACCUACAACUCUCAAAAACCAUUGCAUUAUAGGACACUAGAGAGACAGAGUUGUAACUUGCAAGAAGAAAGUAUUUAAUAAUGGAGGAGGAUGCAUAAAGCUGCUUUUUGUUUUGUAAGACUAUAACCAUAAAAAAUUAAAUACAAGUAGUCUUUUAGAUCUUCAAUUCAAUAUAGUUGUGUUGGUGCAUGGAGCUGAGCUUAUCCAAUAAUCAAUGUAUUAUAAAUAAAGCAAAGGUUUCUGUGAGUUGCAACUGACAAGUGAGCUGGAACUCCCACAACCCAUAACAAUUCACAGGACUAUUUAAGUUUAAAAAACAAGUAGUCUUUUAGAUCUUCAAUUCAAUAUAGUUGUGUUGGUGCAUGGAGCUGAGCUUAUCCAAUAAUCAAUGUAUUAUAAAUAAAGCAAAGGUUUCUGUGAGUUGCAACUGACAAGUGAUCAGGAACUCCCACAACCCAUAACAAUUCACAGGACUAUUUAAGUUUUAAAAAAAGGGUUUGGGGGGUUGGGGGGGUGGAGGGAAGGAGACACUGCAGGCUGGGGAGAGUAGGAAAUUGUGAACUUGAUAGGAAAAUAGCAAACAGAGGGGAAAAUAGGCUUGCUGUGACUACAGAUGAGUUGGAGAAGAAUUUAGCUAUUUUGAAAUUGAAGAAUUAAGUGAAUAAGCCCUUAAUAGUUGAAAUGUUAAGAAACUGCAGAGAAUGCAGAAAAUUAUGUGGUAGAACAUUAGAAAUACAUUUUAUUUCGAUCAAAAUAAUUAUAGUGGCUAAAUAAGAACAAAAAACAACAGUGGGUUCUCAAAAUGGUAGAUUUUAAUUCAAAUUGCCACACUUUCUAAACAAGUAUUAAGCAAUUUAAAGACAUAUACAGCAACAUUUUAUAUUUAUAUAUAUAUAACAUUCUUAAAAAUAUGGAAUGUAUUUACAGAAAUAAACAGCCUGGAGGUUUCUUAUAAAUUGUGUCUAGUUUACAAGUUUUGAACCGUCGUUCCAUUAAAAAAAAAAAAAAAAAAAAUGUACAUACACAAAUGCAUUCAAUUUGAAAAUUCCCAAUAUCUGUUCAUUUUAACCAUUCACAAUUUUAGAGAUGCUAUUUAAAAAGGCAACUAAAUCUCGGUGAUGUUGAAUACUGGUUGUGCUUUUUAAUAUUAUACAAAGAGCUAGGUAGACGUUCAGAACAUCCCUUUUCUAUAGAAUGGAACCCUGAUCGGAAUGGUUGCUAUAAUCCUCCACCUAUUAAACAGUGAUGCUGUUUUGAGAAAAUGUGGAAUAAAGUUGUUUUGCCUCUGCUUACAAUGUUUAGAAGUUUAUAAGGUUAAAAUAAAAAUGUAAUUGUAUGAAAGAAACAAUAUUUAUCUAAAAACAAAAAAACAAGUGCUUUAUUAUCUUCUAACCAACGUAUAGUGUUCUGUAAUGUAGUUGGCAUUUAUGUGAACAUUUAAGACCUUCUGAUUCUAUAUGGUGUUUGCUUUUAAUGGAUGACACAAUAAAUAGUUUGUGUCUUUUUAAAAUUUUUUUAUUUAUUUUAUUUGUGCUUAGCGUGAACAAUCAUGUUUGCACUGCCACGAUAAUUGGUGCAAGCAGGUAUGGAAACAUACAUUAACAUAGGUAUGGCAUUAAAAUACAUAGCACAGUUUUUUUUAUAUUCAGGAUGGGAAACAUGUUAGAGGUUAAACAUUGAAUCAUGGUUGCACAAAAGUUCUGCCUGUCUCGAUAUUUCGUAAUACAGUAAACUGGUCAAUCAUGCAGCCUAUGGGGAUUAACAUGCUAGCUGAACAUAGCUGAGACUUGCUGCUUGGUACAUAAGGUCACAUCACUGCACUAUCUGAUCAUAUUAUUAGCAUUUUGCGUCAAGAGCUAACAGAUUGUAUACAUGCAGUACAGUUAUAUUUGCCUGAGUAGGUUAAUUGUAAAUCUGUUUAGACAUAUUAGCUAAAUUAACAGGCUGGAGAGAUGGAAGUGCAGGCUAAAACUGAAAUCAUAGUUAAUAUAGAUUGAGUGAGAUGGACACGUUUUCUAGGCAAGAUGGCAUGGUUAGUGUUGCUUAAAAAAAAUUAAAAAAAAGGAAAAUUUAUGCCACCGUGGUUAAAGAACCCUGGGUCCCCGGAGAGAGACUCUCCUCCCGAUUGUGGUUAUUCAGGAGACAGAGAGUAGGCAGCCCCGGUUCCUGUGCAGAGAGCAGCCAAGUAUCAGCCGGUUGGGAGCUGGGUAUGUGUGAGGUCUUCAUAGUGAACCGCGGCCGUCAUGUGUGUGACUCUGCUUCACCGGAUCGUGCCAGCUUGCAGCCUGAAUACCCUUGGAGCCGCUUUGUCAGUCAGCUGGUCUCCACUCAAGGUCCUUGGUGUCGAUUGGAGCACUCCAGGUCAGGUCUCAGGUUAGGUAGGUUGCUCAAAUGAUUUCUCCCCAAGUAGUCAGCAGUGAGCGCCAAGAGCCCUGAGGAGGGGCCUCUUCCUCCAUAGCGUGCCGGUCAGGCCCAGCCGCCAUCUUAGGUGAUGUCCCCGGAGUGAAGUCUCUGCUUGGGUAAGAGCCCCAGGGUAGGCCGGGAUGACACCCACCAGCCCAAAGGGGGGGAAGCAGGGCCAUCACCCCACUGAGUUAGGGGACCCCCAUGUUGCAGCCAGGCAGGAUAGCAGGGCGGCGGCCGUCCACCCUACCCACCACCUGGAUAGGCUUGACUAGGCCUUGGUCUUAGGGUUCCGUGUUCCCCCCAAAAGGGGCCCAGAUUCAGGUCGCUGAUUGUUCUCCACGACUGGCACUUCUCAGUGCAGUUUCCUGUCGUGACUCGGCUCCAGAAGUUGCGUUUUUGGGACCAAAUUGCCUGAGAAUAGCAGGAGCUAUAGUGCCAUGAGUCUGCUCUGCUUGGCGGUCCGGCCCCGCCCCAGUCAGUUUGUGUCUUGAGCAACUUAUUUUAUAUUUUUUAUGUCAAAGGGUGAUAUAUAAACAGAAGGCACUCUGUUCCCAGAAAAUGUUGUCUUUACAAUUUUAUAGAACAAAUUGAAGGAAGAAUUUAAUUUCGGAUUACAUAAAAGUCAUUCUUUAUGUCACAUCUUGCUGACCCAAUUUCUGUUUAUUAACGUGGAUACUGCAGGCUUCUGUUUACAAGAAGCUGGACUGCAUUUUUGAACCAUGAAAAGGAAGUUAUACCCAGUUAUAACUUAGCAUUACACUUUCUUUAAAAAUAUAUAUUUCUCUAAAAGGCUUGUCACAAACAUCCUUAUAUGUACAGAAAUACAACAAAUAGUACUAUUAUAAACUCAUGUGCAUUGUAUACACACCAUACCUUUCAACUGUCCCGAUAUUGGGACAAUCCAAAUUUUAGGGUCCUGUCUGGGGUUUAGGGAACUAUCCCCAAAAAGCAUAGCAAGAAUGCAUCAUUAGAUACGUUCAUGUUACACUGUCGGCACAAGGACCAUGUAGAGAGAACAAACAACACUCCUUGCAUAGACAAUUCUCAGUGAGACAGCUUGUUUGAUUGGUGAAUAUACACAUGGUUGAUUUGCCAGUAAUUUAGGCAGAUCUACCCCCAUUCUGGUCAGUGCCAGUGACGAGAUUUGCAUCACUAACCCACCCUUUUUCCCCCUUGCCCAAUGGCUUCCGGAUACUCGUGAAACUGAUGCUAGAAGCUAUGACAUACAGACAUGGCUAUAUAAAAUUUUAGGAAAACCAAAUGUAGUCAAAGUCUAGUUUUGGACACAUGUUUUUUUAGGCAGACGAACACCACUUGUUCCCUUAAGGUGGACCUAUUACUUGAAAAGUAGUAUGUAAGCAGAUCAAGAAAAUUAAGUGCAUGAUCAAAGAGUUUUAAGGGGAGUGGGAGGGGGAGGGAGGGGUAUUUCUACAAUGUUGCACCAUAAACAGGCGUCUUCAACUCAAUUAGUGCUGUCAAAUGGCUGAGUGUGUACAUACACAAAUAAGGAAGUUUUCUAAGAAUAUGCAGGCGUGGCUACAGAGGUAGUCAAAUGGUCCAGCAUUCUUCAAUUCACUUCCAACCCCACACAAAAAUGGCAACAUAUUAGACCCAAACCUAUAAAAUACACGAAAGAAACUCAUGAGAAGCCUUGAAGAAAAAGCCUGCAUGGACACAGGCAAUCUACACAGUCAUUCACUUAUCUGUGAACUAUAUUAUCAUUUAUUAAGUAUGAAUGACAAGUGCCAAGAUCGGCAAAGCCCUUCACUUAAACUUUGAGCUAUAAUUCAAAGGACACCCUUCACAGAUGCCUUAUUGGCAGUUGGGAAGAUGUGACAGAUGUUUUCUAAAAGUAUUGAUUCUCUCCUGAAAUCCGCACCUUUAUUAAAUAAGCCUUCAGUGUCAGGCAGUUUAACUCUAAAGCAGAUCAGCAAGCACGACUACAUAAGGGAAUUAAUGCGAGAACAGCAGCAGCAAACCUUCCUAGAAACUGCACUUACACUAUUUUUUUUCAGUAUUAAAAAAGGCACUUUUCAAAGAGUCUCUGUUCUGUUGCACACACACAAAAAAAUAAAAAGUUUAUAAAAUGCUAAUAAUAGAAUGUCUUAGAAUUUCAACUGAGAUUCCAAUGCAGUCAAAAGAUGUCAUAAGACUUACGUUAUCCUAUGGCAAAUGCCUAACUUGACAAUACUUAAAUUGCUAAGUUUUGACACUUCCCACAGCUGCUAUGAAAUAUCUAUAGAGGCUUCAGUGGUCUUGUGGGAUCCUCAAUAGACAUCAGUGUUGUACUCUCGCGCAUGUUUGAGAGUAAAGCACUGACAUGGACUUGUGGUGAAUGAAGCACCAGAAGCUGAAGAUAUAGAGAGUGCAGCGUCCGUGGGGGACAGCAUCAGGUAUGUAUAAAUCACCUCUGGCCACGGCAACACAAGUGACGAUGUCAAAAUAUGCAAAGACCCCAGAAGGUGACUGAGCCACUUUAAAUUUAGCCUCCCCCAAAAAAACAUUCUCUGCAGUGAUUUCAAUUCAGGGUGGAAGAAUAAACAUGUUUGUUUUAAUAGACAAUUUACAAUUUAAAACUCCAACAAAUAUAUUACAUCAAUAUUUCUUCAACAGUCUAUUUUUACAGUAAAAUCAGAUAUUUAAUUUGUACAUUUUGAACAUAGCAAUGUUUGCAUUAACUCAGUGCAGUUACACUGUUAACAUUUAUAGUAAACUGUUUUAUAUAGAUGCAGAUAGCAAUAAGGAGAUAUAUUUUAAACAAGCUCUUUCACUGCAGCGUACUAAAGCCGCAGAUCUGGGAAGAUAACCUUGGUUCACAUAUACUAUACAAGGUAGUUCCAUUCAUUAAACAGUGAGUUUGGAACAGAAAACACAAUUGCAGAGUUUAUAUAGAAAUAUAGAGGGGGGGGGAAAUACCUCUGAUUCUGUUAAAAGCUUUUAAUCUAUAUUUUGCAAUUUGGUUUUGAAAUCAUUGUAAUACACCACACAGUUGUAAAAGCUCCAUAAGGCAGUCUGUAGCAAACCAAUCUGUCUACAGAAAAUGAGAUUUGAUGUAUGACUUUGUAUAAAAUUACUCCAAUUAAGACAACCGUCUAAAAACAACAUAUAAAAUGCUAUUAACCGCUAUUGGGACAGUGUUUUGCAAAUUCAUAUGUAAGAGCAAUCUGAAGAAUACAGCUAAUCACCUAGUCAGCCAACAAUCCUUCCCUUUCUUAAUAAUCUUGCUGCAAUGUAAGUGGUUUGUACUGCUUUUUUUAAACUAGUGCAUAUAAAUGUUUUAAGAUGCAUAGUAAAGGGAACCGUCAAAAACUAGGAUUUUUAACUUUCUUAUACUUAUUUAACAUUAAUUUGGCAUCCUGUCAAUCAUUGUCUUAAACUUUGCCAUUUUCUAUCACUGUGCAUAGUAUGUGGACAUAGAAAACAGAAGCAACAAUUCUACAGAAAAAUGUAGCAUCACGUAAAAUAGGUUAACGCAAAUAAUUGUAUUCGAUUGUGAUGGUUCCCCUUUAACGUUUAAGUAUAAAUGGACAAGAGAGAAUCCCAUGGACUGUCUUAUAAGCCAUAAUUAUAACACCUCCUGCCAAACAUUGCACAUGGUUUUUAUUGUACAUUGGAUUUUCUGAAAAUGGUGCAACAUCAGAUACGAUUCCCCUUUUGUUUUUAUAUAAUCUUUACACGUUUAAUGUAUUACUAGUGUAUUGCAUUUUCAGUUAUUCAGAUUAGAUAUUAAAAACAAAAAUCUACAUGUAUUUUGUUUUUAAAUGUCUGCUUGUUCUCACCAUGAGCCAUGUUUACAAAUCCUGCAAAAUACAAUGGGUGAAAUAAUAAAGUUCAAUAAAGUCAUAAUGCACAGAGACUGAUACUGAGAUACACAAGUUCAGUGCUACCUGAAAUCCCAGAAUAUCACAAAAGGGAGGGUAAAUGACUAAUCUCAGACACAACAAACUUGUAUGUCCCAGUGUUGUCCUAUGAUUAGACCCCUGAGAAAAUUAAAUUAGACAAGUUAUAUGAAAUCCUGACAGUCCUGGAAAGUCAUUAAGACCUUAAUAAAAAAAUAAAAAAUAAUAAAAAACUUUUUAAUAAUAAUGUAAUCUGAAACAUUUAACACUUUGGUAUUGUGUGUUAUGAGGUGUCCAGAGCCAAAUGGCAUUCAAUUUCCAUAAUACACAUUCCACUAAUGAAUAUCCUCUACUUACACCUAUGUGUGUUUAUUUGUAUUUAUAUACAUAUUGCUUUAAUGAUACAAAACUAAAAAGUCAGAGUGGACACAGAAAUCUAAGGUAUCCAGCAAUGGGGAGAUCUCCAUACAUGAUAGAUACAUCUUCAGGAGUUUCCUAAAGGAUGACAUUUUAGGAAAAACAUGAAAGCAUCAAACAUCAAAGUUCUACAGAUCUGAACAUUGUGUCUUUGGUCUCCCCUUAAAUUGUAAUUCAUUGUACACAAAGCAUGAUGUGACCAAAAUGUCAAGUAGAACUCUGGAACUGCUGGCAUAAAUUAAUAACAAUAAUGAACUAUUUAACCAUCAUGUUUACAUAAAUGUCAGGGCACUUAAUGUAAUAACCCCAAUGAACCUUUCACGGUUAGUGAUGACUUCAACAAACACAUUAAAAAUGUAACUAUAUUCUACAAAUCUAUAAAUCAAUAAAAGACCUAGUCAACAAAAGUUAGAUGGUCAGAAAAAACAGAAAAUGAUAACGCUUAGGAGUAUAUUUUGUGAGCCAAAAUUCAAUCAACAUUUAGUAAAAUUAACCGAUUUAAAAACCUCUCCAACUCCAAGCUACAGUCACAGUUCAGUUAUUUUAGCCUAAAUGUUAUCAUUUGGAUUUCAACUCACUGCAUUUCAGAAUUGUGUGCAUAAAGCCCUUUUGUAACAAAGUAACAUUUUCUAGACUACACUAGAACUGUGAAUUCUGUAGGAAAUUUUAUGCAUUUUACUUACAAAAUGUUAACGUGAAACUGUAAAUGAAGUAGAGUUUCAGAAAAUUAACCGCAUAUACACCAUGACAAUAUAUACUACUGUUAAUAAAUUCUCUUGUGUGUAUUGGGGAGAAACUGGAUUGGCCUUACACUCUCCACAGGCUUUGAAAGUUUGCAGGUAGAACCAAUUCCAGUCCAGGCUUUAGCAACAUUUUCUGCUCCAGUGACUGUUAGCCUUGUCCUACAAAUAUUUGCCAAUCACUGGCAGACAGCAUUGCAGGAAACAUACAACUGAAGAGACAAAUGUUAGAUGGCCCUGAUUAAGAUCAUAUGCUCUUAAUGUCAGAUCUUGGAUAUUACUGGCUGCAACUUCUAAGAAGCUUCCUCACAUCUGCCUUUGUAAAGUAAGCCAAUGGCCAGGGCCAAUGUAAUAAUAUUUAAUUCACGCAAAUAGAAAAAGACACAAAACCUAGAAUAUAAAUUCAGAUAAUGCAGUUUGAAUCACAACUAGGAGUGUGUGUGUGUGUGUGUGUGUGUAAGUGUGUAAACACACAAGCUCACACUUCAUUCAUAUUUUACUCACAAGAAUGACACAUGGACAUUAAGUUUGUAACAUAUCAUUGCAAAAAUAUACUUAAGAAAUGUAAUAACUUAAUAAAAACGAGAAAUAUGGGUUUCAAGACUCAUUUGGUUGACUUACAAUUACAGGUAUACCUCAAAUGCUUGAGGAAUUUAUGCAGUAUGCUAGACUAAAUUGUGUUCAAAUGGCAAUUCUUGUGAUUAAUAUGUGUCUGAAGGCAAUUUAACAAAAAUGAUAUUCAUUGGAGAAUAUGACAAGUCAGUAGAAUGGAACUUAAUUCUUCUUUAUAUUCACUGAGCUAUGCCUUCUCACACAAGUUGACAUGCAUGAAUUUAAUUCGUACAAUAGCCCUUAGUCAUUUGUAUUAUAACGUGCAUAUUAGGAAGUUACUAAAUUUCUAAUUUUGCUGUUUUUAGGCAACAUUGCAAAAGAGAUAUUUAAAGAAGCAUAAGGGACAUCAGAAAUGUGAUGUUGAUGGCUUUGUACAGAAAGAUAUUUAACACGUGCAUUUACAAAGACCAAAUAUUUGAGAAAUUCACAAGAAAGUUACAAUCUACCUAGUAUUAUAUAUUUUUUUCUCAUAUUUUCAUUUAAAACGAAAUGGAAUCCUGUCAGUUUGUAGGGGUUGCAACACUGCACUGUACAAAUAGUUUUGUGAUCCAGGACUCAUCCCCCCACUCCCUCCCCCCCCCUUUUUUUUUUCUUCUACUUCAAUCUUUGUAAGUAUGCAUUACCAAUCAAAAUAUAUACAUAUGCAGGAUGUCUGAAGCAAAGAUUUCUUUAUACAUAUAUUCUCUAGCUCCAAUUAUAAACUUGUUUCUGUCUCCUGCCGUGCUUGUGUUUCCCAGAACUGGGAUGUCCUAAAACUUUAAAAGAACAAAAUAAAUAAAAUCAUAAAUUAAAAAAAAACCAAAAAAAAAAAAACCUCGGUCCCUGAUGUAUCACAGAAACUUGAUUAAGGACUCAGAGCUAGCAUACCCAAAGUGUCAUCUCUGGCCAAAACAUCCACAAAAGGAAAUGGAUGUAAUGUGUACACAUGUAACAAUGUCAGUAAUCUGCCCCAGUUUCCACAAACAUGAAAAUGCAUAGUCAAUCUUCCCAUACUAGUCCUGUCCACCACUUGCAGACUGUUUUGCAGAAGUCUAUUGAUGUUAGGCACACAGCAAUAACAGGAUUGAUGUUUGCAUUUGUAAAUAUUUUUUUUCUGCAACAGUCUAGUCUUGUGUUAUCAAUACUGGUUCUUCGCUGGUUAUGUAUUAAAGUUGUCCAGAGUUGGCAUACUAGAACACAGAGAUAUGCACAAUGUCACUGACAAUGCAGGUUCUUCUCAAGCAGAUAAAAAUCAUCUGGGUACUCUCCAAGUUUGGUGAGAGAAAAAAACAUUAAACAAAUGUUUCAAAAUUCUAUUCAGGUGAAUAAAACCAGCCUUCAGUAUUGCAGACAAAAGAGCUUCUCAUUGUACCUCCUCUAUUUGUCUAUUAGCCCAUCCUCUUGGUUGAGCCAACCACAAGUACACAAGAAUGUUGCAGGGCAUAGAGUGGGAUUUCUUAUGACAAAGAAAACGAACAACAAAAACAAAGUGCUUCAGAUGUUGGGUGUGGUAACAGGGCAGUGUCUGGGUGCUUAUUUAAAAAAAAAUAAAAAAUUCAUAAAAUUUAACGAAAAAACUGUUGUGGACUGAUUGAAGCUUUAGGGUGUUGUGUGUCAUGAUUUUAAUGAUGCAAUGUUGAUCCUGCACAACAGUGAUGGGAAACAUGAGAGUGCAUCAGUUCCAGAUCCUAGAUGAGGUUGUGGAAUCAAACUGUGGUGGGGGACAGAUGUUUUGGAGGUGCUAAAUCCAGCAGGGCCUGCACGGUUCCUGCUACUUCCACCAAACCAGUUUCUUCAAGAAUAUGGGGAGGCAGACAUAGACGGUCCU